AAUUCCACUCUUGAUCUGUUCACAGAAGAUUCUUUGGUCCUCCUGUGGAGAUGAGGCAGGGCUGGGAGCCAAGCGGAGGGAACCAUCAGCCAGGCAGGCCAGUGAUUAGUCAGGCUAGUGGUGCAGUAUAGACCACAGCAUGUCAAGCUAAGAUAAGGUGUGGGCAUGAGGGAGGCAGGUUCCAUGCAGGUCACCAUUGAGGCCAAGGCAGGCAGAGGCUGGGGUGUGGGCUGGGGCUUUCAGGAUAGCGAAGUGUUGUCAACGAUGCUGGUUCCUCUGGCUACUGCUCACCAUUGGCUUCACUGGAGAAAGAUCUGAAGUGUUGUCUGUGCCUUGGGGGAGUUAGAACAUGACUAGUUAGGGAUACCUGCUCUGUUACUGGUGAGAGGGGUGUGCAGAGGGUGUUGGUUACAGGGUGAGCAGAUAAAGCCAGCUCUGGAUGAUUCACUGAAAGCAAAAUGAGGAGGGGGAGGCUGGGUGGGAGAUGGAAUACAUGGGGAUUGAAGGACUAACAUGGAGAUCGGCUGUCAGACUUCCAGCCCUAGUCAAAGCAUUGCCUGGUCCCCACCCAGCCCAUGGUUCCUGUCACCUCCCAGGCUCAAGGAUCUCUUUGUACUUCAAACUUAUGGCUCAGGGGUGUGUAAUGGCUUUCCUAGGACCACACAGCAGGCACGAUAUGGGACCUGGGUAUGGUAGGUCCUGGGCUAGGACUCCUUCAUCUACUGUUCCCUGUUUUGGUCAACCAGAGUCUCACUUCUGGACCAGGUGCCUCAAGGACUGCCGAUGCAACAUGUGCCCAGAACAGUUGUUGUUUAACUACUGCUGUGUCCGCUGUCAUUAUCGAUACUUUCUUCCUUGAGGCCCAACCUAUUCCUGCUUCAACAGUUAUGAGGUUGGUUGCUGCAGAGACCCUUCCAUACUUGGGCUGAUCUGUGGACCGCACCCCUUCCCACCCCAAGACAGCACCAUUCAUUUGCUCAUUCGCUAGCACCUUCUGGGAACAGGAUGAGUUCUAACCCAUGGUGUCUGAAAAGCAGAUGUGGCAGGCAGGACUGUGACUUUUGCUGCCAUAGACAUACUGCUAACUGGUCAGUCAUCCUUCUAUGAUGAGUGGCUGAUGUGGCCUAGACGGGACCGUUCCCUGGGUAUUCUGGAAGGCGGGGAGACUGGUGACAAAUGAGUCUGAGAAGGGGGACACACCAGAUGACAGUUAAGCAUACUUACUCCCCAAAAGCCUGGUCUUGGGUGGGUAGCCUCAGUGCCAGGCCAUAUUGUCUCCUCAGCCUGCUGAAGUGAUGGGUGAAUGGUAUUGGUUUCCAGGGUUGGAGCAUCAUGCUCACUAGUUUUCCUUGCUAAAGAAAGGACAGACGGCUGCUUGAUGCUGAAGUGGAGACUCAUGGGACUGGUGCACUGUGUUCCUUUGGCUAUGAAUGAGCGUGGCCUGGUCCAGUACAGGCAGGGUUUGUUCAGCUUCCAUGUGUUCCUCCAUCUCCGGAAUGAAGUGUGGAAGGGAGCUACACGAGACGGUGAUGCCUCCCGAGAGUGCUCCCCUUUCUGAAGAGCCUUGUCCUGUGGGAACUGGCCUGGUACCACUUCUCCCCUCGGCUUCUUGGGGUGAUGUGGCAAUGCGGUGAGAUGUUGGCAGCAGGGUUGUCAAGUCCAGGAGAAGGAACACAGGGUGGUGUGGAAACCCACAGCGGGCACAGGCAUAGCAGGGCAUCUAUUGCUUCCUGCCCAGGCCUUGGCUCUGGCUCUUUUUCUACCUAUAUUCCAUUCUCGUUCUCCUCCAUCUCUGUUCUGCCUUCACAAGACUAUGCGCUUCCUGUGCACUAUGCGUUCCUUCCAGGAACAGGAGAGGCCCCUCCCAUCCAUGGAUCCUGGCUACAAUGGGCCUCUUGCUACUCAAUCAGUAGGGCAAGGUCCUCACUUGUCUUUAAGCUGCCCCUACCUGCCAGCCCAGAAGGUCAUUGUUGGGGUAGGGGGAGCUGAGAACCCAGUCUAAGGAGGGUAAAAAUGCCUUUUGGAAUCCCACCGAAUGGUCUCUUUAAAAAUAAACCCUUAAGGUUUAGUUAGCUGCUAAACUCCAGGACCAACUCAAGCUCACCAUGGGUGCAUGUGUAAAGACACACUUGUCCUGAGAUUCCCAAGGACCAGUGAGACCAUGACUUCCUCUAUUCAGGCAGAGAACACUGCCUUCCCAGGUCAGAGCCCGCCUGAUGCCCUCUUUGCUCCUCCAGAUUAAUUGGAUCAAUUGUCCAAAAACCCCUCAAGGGGCUCUUGAGUCCCAGGCAGAUGGGGACAUCCCCUAUGAGGGUCCCCCUUAGAUUAACUGAGCUUACUUGAUCCAUUGAUUUUGUCAAGGGUCCGUUCAUCAUGCUGACAUCUGGAAAAACCUUAAAUAAAUAUUUAUCAUUCUCAGAGGGACCUGGCUCCCAGGGAGGAAGUAGACAAUUCCACUGGAAUUCUAGCUGGCUGAUCAUACCAAGCAGCAAAGAGCUAGGCUCCACGCUGGGUGAGAUCUGGAAUGGCUGUGGUGCUCAUCAUUGAUGGGGUCCCCUGUCCAAAAUCCUAGACGAUGGCCUGCUUGGGACUAUGCAAAGGAAGGUUUGUUGGCUCAUUCAUUUACCUACCCACCCAGCCUUUCUUCCUCCCUCCCUUCCUCCUUCCUUCUUUCUUCCCUCCUUCCUUCCCUCUUUCCCUCCUUCCUUUUUUCCCUCCCUCUCUCUGUCCCCCUUCUCUUUUCUUCUUUUGUUUUCAUACUCUCCCUACCCACAAGACUCCACACUUACUUACUCUAUCGGGGUACAAAGGAAUCUGUCAUGUAACCCAGAAGGAAACCUCAACCUACAAACUGCAGGUCCAACUGCGCUGCAGGACAGACUUCGUCAACAAAUGCAGGCCCAUUUCUACUUCCUGGGUCAUCAUUAUCAUUGCCUGAUAAGCCACCCUUAUUACCUUGCAUCCCACUUCUGCCCAGAACUGCCCCUACCCUAGGUGGCCUCCUCAGGACUGAUUGUCUACCUGAUCUGGAGGAUUUUUAACCCCUAUCUACAUCUCUUCCCACUCGACCUUCUUACUGAUCAUCUCUCUUCUCGGGACCACCUACCCUUGCCCAAACCUCUGACCUCAUCUCCGGCUUUCUCUUCCCAUCUGCUUGUCCAGAGUUGUUCUCAAUUCUUUCCUAUUUUCCUAUUUUACUCUUGGCUGGUGGUACAUCCUGCAACCCCACAAUGGUCACCACCCUCCUACCUGGCUUCAUGUAUUUAUAUGAUGCCUCCCUGCCCAAUGAGGCUCUAAGCUAUGGCUGGUGCAUGUCCUUCGUACCCUGACUGGACUGAGAAGUCUACGACAUCCUAGAUCCUUGUUCAAGGCUAAACACUUACUUAUAAGGUUCCUGAAAGGCCUAAGGGAUUGGGAGGGAGAGUGAGAGGAGCAGACUGGCUUCCUUCCUCAGCAUACCUCGGGCAUUGAGCAAAGAGGUUUGGAUUUUAUGCAAGCUGUAUGUCUUGGGGUUGAGCCAGUAACAUGGCUUGAGAAGACAGGGAAAGGUGUCCUGGUUCAUGCAUGGGUGCAGUAGGAUGUAGACUGGGAACUGCUCAGGGGUUGGAGCUCCUGGCUUGGGGCAUGCUCUGCUAGAAGGAGGCAUACUGAAGAAGAGAGGCAGAUAUGGGUGUGGAGAGAGGUCAGAGGGUGUACUUCUGGGAAAAUUGCUGGGAAGGAUUAUAAGAUCAGGCUAGUGGACAGGAAUACAGGACUCAUAGCCACUUGUGCUUGAUACUGGAAUGGGUUUUGCCAGCCUGUCCCAAGUCCCUCACAUGACUACAUAUUGAACCUGCUUGUCUCCCUUUGCCUGGGCAUGCAUGAUCUAGGAGCUCUAGGAGCUUCCUAAGGUUGCCGGAGAGCCAAGGCAAAGUCGAGGGCUCUAUUCAGGUGUGUGUUGCCCACCCAUGUCUACCUAACCUUGGGUACAGCCACUGUCCUGGUUUUCCUAGCCUUCAUCUAAUCAGCUGGGGGCUUCUCUUCUCCAGGGGGCAUGUAGAGGUCAGAGAAGGUGUCACCCAAAUGAUGGCUUGUGCUCCUCCGUGGGACACAUGGCCCAUGCUCAGCCUCUGGCUCCCAUCUCUGCCCAGUGUGGAUCAUCCUGCUUGCUCCCACAUGGUCCUGCCCAGUCCUCCCAACAUGGACAUCAAAGCAGAUAUGGAAAUUCCUCCCCAGGGCCAAACCUCAGCUGGCUUUACAUCCAGUCUCAGCUCCUGGAAUGCAUUCUUACAGCUUCUCACCAGGGUUCACCUCCCACCUGGGCUCCAGGGAUCAGAGCAGCUUUGAAGAGUUGGGGAGGAGGCCCAGCAAGGCAGUUUUGGUGGGUGCUCCUUGGGGCCUGGAGUGUGCUUUGAAGGAGAAGCAGUUUGGUUACCUUAUUCCAUCAUUUUCUUCCCAUUAAUGAAACUUGGGAUAGGAAAGAAAUGAGCACGAUCCAGCACUGACAGACAAGCUCGCCAAUUUUCUUCUCACUCGGUGAGGGUUUUUUUUUUUUUCUUGGAAAAAAUCAAAACCAGUUAUGAUUAAUACAGUACAUAUUAAAACUUUUAACCUGGUACCUUUGUAAAGUAAAAAAUGUUCCCAACAUAUUACAUUUUUAAUCACAUGAGUUAAUUACUCUUUAGGGAGGCUCUGAAAGUUCUGGAAAGGAGGGCAUUUCGGGAUUUCAAAGAAUGAGACAGAAGCUGUCAUUUUAAUGAGAAUGCAAAUGAGGAUCUUUAAGGUUCAUUGAAGGUCACAGCAGCUUAAUCAUCAAAUUACUAUGGUCAUUUAUUGCCAGUAACAAAUGAAUAUUGAAAGCUAUUGUUUUAACAGAUUAGACCUCCAAAUUAUUAUUAUUCCAAAAUUUCCCAGGUGCCUGAAUAUAAUUUAAGAAUUAUUAAUGUUGGGAUUCUCUUCAGACCUGCAGGCUUCUCUCCAGGGGAGUUAGUCCUGGAAAGACAUUGGCAUCUCUGUCCCCAGAUGUCAAUUGCAGGAUCAUCUCUACAGUCCUCCACACUGGGCCCAGGUCUGUCUACCCAGGAGAGGGCCCUGAGAGAUACCUUGAUGGCCUCUCAGGGGAGUAGCUAUUCUGUGUCCUCAAGAAUGCUUUAAUGAUGCCCCACUGUAUCAGCUGAGCCAGUGAGGAGGUGCGAGCAGAAGGAGAAUGCUAAAGUCACCAUCAGUAUCCGCAAGAGCAGAGGAGACAGGGCCGGCUACCACAGAUCCACUGUGUCCUCCUCUGCUCCUGUCAAACUCACUUCUGUUGUUCCAUGACAGCCCAGGGCUAGCAUACUGCAGGCUUUGUGGUGCCUAUUGGGGGUCGGGCUAAGUCAAUUCAUGUCGCAUGACUUUCCUGGGGUAACAAGAAGAAGUCAAGCCACCCCCUAUAGGAAAGAGACCAAAGAAAGGAUUGCAUCCGCAACCUGCCUGCUGAACCAGUGAACGAACGUACUAGGGUUAUUUACAGAAACGCGGGUGGCUUAAAGACAGCUACAACACUUGGAAGUCCCCAAACCAAUUAAUCCCUUCUCUUUCAAAUACCCUUCAGCAGGAGUGGAGUCUUAUGACUGGACUCCUGAACACCUUGUGGUCCCCUUGUGGGUCUCCCGAGACUCUGACAGGGAACCUUCUUUGAUCUCAUGAGGGUCUCCUGCAGGUUGUCAAAGAGGCUGGGAUUCAGGACUGAAAUGGCUACACAGUCAUGAGUCUCAGAGGAAACAGUUACACCACCUUGGGGGCUGGUGCAAGGUGACUGUCUGCACCCUGGAGCUGUGGGGCAGGACCCUUCUUAUCCCUUGGCUUUGGAUUCAAAGCAAGCUCUCUGCCUCUCUCCCAGCACAGCAGGUGGAUGCUAUUGUGCUUCUGGUGCCCAGCAGGGGCACAGACUUGUCUGCUGGGGGACUUCAGGUGCAGAGAUUCUGAUCCCCUAGGGAGAUCCCUUUCUGGCUUUUCUCAGUCAUCCUUCACCUCUAGGCAGUGGAGCCUCAAGUGGGGAUGUAUCUUUAGAAAUGAAGAUCAUUACAGGAAGAGAGGGGAAGCUUAACAUUAGCCACCCUGCUGUUCGCUUGAGUGUGCCUUCCACAGCCUGGGGUUUGAGGCCUUCUGCAGCCAGGCUGUGCCCAUCCUUAUCUCAAGGGCCUAAGAAUUAGGAGGGCAGAUGCUGGGGUUAAUAUUGGGAUUAAUAAGCCACUUCCUCGGUUUCUCCAAGGGCAUCUGGGAGAUGGGUAUGCUUUGGCCUGCCCAGAGGUUACACACAUACUUUGGACUUCUUAGGAGUGGUGGCUCCCAACAGAGGCUUCGCUAGACAGAUGGACACAUACAUAUUAGGAGGGAGAGCUAAGGAUCACCUCUCUCCCCUUCCAUCCUCCCCUUGUUUUAGAACAUAGGUAUUCACAGAUGAAAAUGGAAUCCAGGGUCUUGCCUGAGACUCUGAGGUCCAGUGGUCCUGGUAGAUAAGAGCAAUGGGUGGUUUGAGCAAGCUCUUGAGGCCCUGAGGGCUGGGACCUUGCUGUGGGUUUAUUAUGUAUGGCCCAGGGACAUGAGGUUUGUUAGGGCGAAUGGGGAUGCUGAGAGUAGGAGAGGCAAGUCCCUGUCUCAAGGAAAAGUACUCAUCUCCUGCCCUCCCAUGCCAGCCUCUCCUGCUGUGCCAUCCCCCUGGGGUUUGCCAGGCUCCCAGGACUGUGUCAUUAUCACUGCUUCUGUAUCUUCCACACCACAGGGAAAAGUAAUUAAAUGUAAUAGAUGCUGAGGCUUCCAAAAUUGCAUUAUUUAGGCGCUGUGCUCACACACACACACACACACACACACACACACACACGAAGUGUGCUAAGCUGCAGAUAAUUAAUAGAUUUAUUUAAAUCAGCCUCCGCCAUCUGUAUUCAGCAAGGAUGAGUGCUUGCUUCUCAGGCCAGCCCACGUUGGAACACCUCAGUCUUCUGAGAGAAUCUGGGAGUCCUGAGGCGAGUGGGUGGUGGUAAACUUCUGAGUAUGGCACACAACAGGUGUGACCAGGGAUACCAAAAGAGAAUUCCUACAGGGAGACCUGGUGUGGGAGUGGGGCAGAGGGAGCCGUGGACAUGCACAGGUUGUUCCAGGGACAUAUCCCAUAGACAGGCAUAAGAGAGUGGCAAGAGGCUCCUGCCUUUUAACAUCAGUCCUGAGACCAGUGGCCCUGGCCCUGUGAAACCUUUGGGACUCUAGCAUUUGACUCGAGACGCCUAGGCUGUGGCUCUCUAACCUAUCACACACCCCUUCCCCCGUUCUCAGAGUGCAAAGACACUUCCUGGUGCUGGAAGCUGAGUAGCUGUAUCUGGGGUGUGGGGAGGUCAGGGAGGGGGAGUAAGAGGGUCCAAGUCACUGUCAUUUGGAUGCCAGUUAGAUGACUGGGAGUUGUCAUCCUUCUGAGAGGGAGGUGGCUCUAUGGUGGGGGUGGAAGGGAUGGCUGAACUGCAGCCUGGCAGAAAGGAGUUUGUGAUUUUAGGAUAUGCCACUGGGACCCCAGCUCCAUCCUUGUAUUUGGAGAGGGCGAGGGUGGGGUACAAUAGGAUCUGUCACUGUGACAGAUCCUAGAUGUGAAUGAAGUCUCUGUUGGAAGAAUCCUGAGGAGUUCUUCCGACAACUGUAAGAUCACAGCUCAGAGCACUCCUGGACUUUGGCACUGACUACAUCACAAGUAGCUGAGCUCUGUCGUCACUUGCAAGGCCCCUUAGAGUGGACUGAAAGAAGCUGACACAAGGUGCUUCUAUGGGAGGCCCUCCCCCCAAUUUGCUUCAAAGCUGAAUUUGAGUUCUGUCCUCACAGAGCCUGCAGCCACUUCAGGUUUCAUAACUGUGAGGAUAACGUAUGAACAAUGUGGGAAGGAUGAAGGAUGUGGGUUCUAAUCUUGCUUAACUCCCAAGUUCUGGAAGAUUUGGAAUGUCUAGGUAAAGGGGAUUAUGGCUACCCCUACCCUUACCCCCAGCACCGGCAGGAGGGGGCAGCUACAUGCUCAGUGUCUCAGGCAGAGUAGGAAGAAGAUGUUUUCAUCUCAGACAGAACUGCAGCCCCAGGCUCAGGUUCUCCUCUGAAAACUGACGUGCUCCACUCCUCCCUGCCAGGGUUGCCAGAGGAACUGGGCCCUCGGCAGUGGGUGGGUAGAAGGCAGCGUCUAUCUUUUGCUGUUGCCGUGGCUGCAUAGCCCCCUCUUUCAGCAACGGCUUCAUGUGGUCAUCCUCGUGGUUGUUCAUCACGGCGCAGGAAACCACCCAAGGUUGGGUCCAGUGCCUGAAAGUGGCCAGGAUGGCGUUGGGUCACUUCCUUGUCCCCUUGGUAUGGACUUUAAAAAGCUGGAGCAGGCUAUGAACCCCUCCCUAUCCCUAGAGGCAUAUCCUAUGGAGAUAGCUAGGCCUGCUAUCUUUUCAUCCACUCUUGGCUAGGGCUUGCAGUGACAAGAUCCGAGGACCCAUUGUGCACAGGGGCAGUUCUUUCUCUUGGAUUCCAUAGAGGAGCCAUCUCCAAGCAUAGUCCGGGUCUUUCUGGGUGAAUGCAGGGAUAGGGAGACUCCCAAGACCCAGCCUAAGGCAGAAACAGGGAGGCUCAGUGGGGCUACAGAGUCCAGGACCCCUCUUCAGAGCCUUAUGCAGAGCCAGGCAGCUCCCAAGCAUCUACUGCUGGUCUCCCUCUGGCCCUCCAUGGGCUCCCAGAGGGAAGGUGAGGUGACCAGAUCUGCAGCUUACUGAAGGACGGCUCAUGGAGUCCUGGCUUCACCCACAGCCCAUCCCUCCCUGGUUGGUUCUUGAAUUAAAGCAGAAAAAUGACACAGAGAUUAUUCAUGGACAGAGGAAAAAUCUGUCUCUGAUUUUUCUGUGAUCCCACAGGAGUAGGGACAGGAGCACUGGGUCUGAGAACUUAUGCCUUGUAAGAUCACCAAUACUUAGGGUAAACUAUGGAUCAAUCAUGUCUCCCUGUCAAAGGCACAUGCCAAAACCUUACAUGCUAGUAUGUAAGACUGUGAGUGUAACUGAGGAGGGGCUCUACUGUGGUGAUUAGGGUACAAUGAAGUCAUUAGAAGAGACUCUAACCAAGCUUUUGUCUGGUGUGCCUUGUAAGAUGAGGAGAUCAGAACACAGAGAGCAGUCCUGUGGGAGAUGAUCUUGGUAGGACACAAGAGGAAGAGCCAGGCAGAGGGGCCUCUCUGGGCCAGCCUGGCUCAUGCCUUGUUCUGGGAGGCCCAGCCUCCUCUGAUAGAGGAGUAUAAAUCUCUGUUCAGCUUCAGCUUCCCCUCUGUGACAUUUCACCAUAGCCAAAGUCCACAAAAGGAAGAAGCCAUGAGGGGGCUGAUCAGGAUCUUGAAUUCCUGGAGGUCUCUUGAAUUCAUGCCUGUCACUAAACUUCACCCAACCCUCCAUACACAAGCUCCCAAGGUCAUGGCCAUUCACAGUCACUCACAGAUGCCAGGCACCAUGGCCACUCUCAGAGAAACGGUCACCUCCAAAUCCAUAACAAGGGGUCUAGUCCCCGGGGUUCCCCUCUAGGGAGGACUUUUCUUAGAAGCCCUUGUUACUUAUGGGAAGGGUGACCUCCAUUUCAUUCUACUGGGUUCUGCACAUCGGGAAGAUAAGUUCAGCCUCUCGGGAGCAGGGAAGGUGAUGGGAACUCCCAGAUGGAUAAAGACCCGGCCUGUGCCGAUUCGUUCUCAUUCAGCACCGUGGUCGCAACAUCCCAAUAUAGUCAUUAUUGCGGUUUCGCUUUCUGUAGCCGCAUUAUAAUGCGAGCUUAUGUUCAAUUUGCUGGGAGCCAGCAAAUCGUCGUCUGCUUCUUCUCAGCACACACUCAUUUGCUGCGUGCCCUAGGUGUUUCUUAAAGUCUAGGUUUUACACAUAGACAAAUUAAAUCUUGUUUUUGAAUGCGUCCCUCUCCAGAACCGACAUAAUGUGUUUUAAUAGCCAUCGCACCUCUCGGGGCUUGGGGCUCGCGAUCAUCUGCAUUUCCAAGCAGCACAUUACUUACAGGGACAUGUCCUCCAUGCCGGUAAUGAAGCCAGUGAAUGGAGUGUGGUCUAUGCAGGGCCUCGCUGUCGCUCUCUUCUGCCUCUGCUCCUUGGAGGGUGGUGUCAGAAAGAGUCCUCCCUUUGUUCACUGCGUUUUGUAUUCAUUCCACUGAUAACCGAAUGUGUCUUAGUGUCUUUCCCCACAGGACACCCUCAGGCAGCAGCAGGACACAGUGUCAGCAGGUACAUGAAGGUGAUGGGGGCCAUUCCUGAGAGUAAGCCAGGACAUGGAGGGGCCAGGGACUGGCACAUAAAAAUGGGAGGUUGUGUAGUUCCUAGACCAGAGGCACACAGGUAUAUACUGUGACUGAUUUAGGAGUAUCAGGAUUCUGUGCUCAGCUGGCCGCUCAUCCAUCAGGAUCCCAGGGGGGCGCCAUCGAUGGAGUCACACCCUUACCAAAUUGAUUUAACAGAAACCCUAAACUAGAAAAGGAUUAUACUCAGAGGUGAGCCUUGAGAGGUGAUUUAGAUCAUGUGGCAGACCGUGAUGGUGGGGCCAGCACUCUAAAAAAGAGCCCUGGCUUGGCUCUUAAUGUUGGGUUUUAGACCAUCAGGGCUAUUUGUGGCCUGGCCUGUGCACUUUUGAUACAGCAUCCAAGCUGGCAUGGGCAGUAGGCACUUCUGCUGCCUCACUUGGGCCAAGAAAGCAGAGCUCAGAGGCUGUGGCAAUGGAGAGGUGGCUGUGACACAGGCAUACAGGCAUGAAAGCUCCCAAGGAGGGCAGCCAUGAUAUUGUGAUCCAAGGCCUCUCCCAGGGCAACUGGGGCCUGCAUAUCAUUAGAUCACUCUUUCUGGCCUGGAUCUCAGUGAUGGACAUGGAUUUGACCAUGUUGGAUACCGACCUCCUGUUACUCAUGUUCUUCAGAGCCCUCCAUUUCUAGCAUGGCAGCUUCUUGCAAUGAGAUGACUUUGUUCACUGAGAAUCAGGGAACCCCCAAGGAUAACAUGGGGAGCCAUGAGGCUUCCAUGGCACAAGACACGUCACCUGUCCCAUCAGGAAAGCCAACAGGCCACCCAACCGAGAGGGUUGCUGAGCUAAUGACAUCACAUGAGUGGGAGGGACCUUUUACUUUUUCAUGUUUCUGGGAUUUGUUCAUGGCACACCUGUCUACAACAUCGUUUCUGUUUUAAAGAGAAACUCACUUAGCCUGUGACAGAUCCAACUCAGGACACAGAAUAGAAAGCUUUUCCUGUAUAUGGGCCAAGAGGGUCUCCUCAUCCCUGUGUACUCCUCUCCUCCUCACUCCCUGUACCUUUGUUUGCAGUUUGUGAUAUUCUGGGACCUCCCCCAGGGGUGGAGGCUGUCCCAGACGUAUGCAGACUGCUGCCAUGGGACUGUGGAGAGUCUCAUUAACUCUGGCUGAAGAGGAACUCAAGCCUGUUGUCCCUAACUGAUCUGUUCGGUUCUCUUGGGGCCAGGACACUUGGCAGUGUCCUAACCAUUCACCCUUACUCUCUUGUCCUCUUCUCUCAGUAUCUCCCCAGUGUCAGGACUGAGAUGAUUGACCCCUCUACCAAUGGGGUGUGAUUGCAUCCCACAGACCACAUCCCUGUUAGAAAGUUCUGGAUGCCAGCGGGCAGGAGUGAAUUACUUUCACAAGCUGAGAUCCCCCACGGACUUUAAAAUCAAUAAGCUAUUUCUGACGCUCAGGACGGAGGUGCGUGGCAGACUUGAGCUUCGACCUCCUUGGGAAGUGGAUGUUCUCGUCGCUGCCCAGGACUGUACAAGCUGCCCACAUUCUGGGGGGAAAAGUAACACGGGUCAGAGUCAUUACCAUCUGUUGCUGUGUGGUAAUGGGGGGUGGUGGGCAGAGGGCAGCACAAACUUGAGGACUUAAGCAUCAUGUGCCUCGGUUUCUUUUGCUGAGAGUGAAUCUAAGGCAUGUGUGCUGUGUCCCCUGCUCGUUCCUAUCAUGUAGUGAGCCCUAUAAGACAUCAGCUAUCCAGACCACCAUUCCUGCUGACUCCAGACUACUCCUAGAGAAGGGAGCCACAGGGUGACUGGUGAUCAGCUCCACAGAUCUGGGACCGCAGUCUGUAACACAGAGGAGACUGCCUUUAGUAGACCUGUAUCUUGGGAAGAAAUGCCAGGAUUCCAUUACAUUGAGAAAGCCAAUGACAAGACCCCAGGACCCUCUCGAUUCUACGUAUAGAGCCCAUGUUCCCACAGGCUUUCCCAAGGCUAUCAAAGAGCCAUCUGGUCUCCCACUACAGGGCCUGGUUAAGUUAGAUGAGGGUAAUUGGGACCUGGUCCUCUACACUGCUUUUCUUGGACAGACCUACCAGCUACGGACCUUGUGCCCUUUGUUGCUUUGAUCGCUGAGUGCUUGGGGCUGUCCAUUUGUUCAGGAGGGAAUGGCUAGAGGUCUGGGUACAUGGCAGACUGGAGCCUACAGCAACUCCUACACCGGACACUGAGCCUAUAUGCUCCCCUGCAGCCAAGUGCUGGCCCUUGAUCUUCAGCCGUUUUCAUGACAUUUGGUGAGCGGUAAAGCUCCUUCUCCUGAGUUCUCAGGCCUUUGCUUGGAUCUGCUGGGUCCUGCAGGCAGGGAGCCCACUACUAUCCCUAGGUUCAUCAUAUGUUUUAUCCAUGCGGACAAAAGCAGGCAUUUAGGAAAAGUAGGUUCUGAAUGUCUGGUCCCACAAGCAGCUUGGGGCUCAGCACUGUAUCCACAGGGGAUGGGAGAAGCUGGCUUUGGCUCUGUGUGUGUGCGUGUGUGUGUGUGUGUGUGUGUGUGUGUGUGUGUAUCUCAUGUAAGAUGGAGAUGAUAUCCUGAUAUCCUCACUGUUACUACAAACCAGGUCCUAGUCCCCAAAGGAAGUUAGCAUCUGUCUUUUGGGAUAGGUUCUUGUUUUGCAUAGCAGAAAGGGUGUCAGAGAUGUGGAGUUACUGGAGCUACAGGUGCUGAAAUCUUAGUCAUAUGGGCUGUCCCUAAGGAACCCCCCCCCUUGAACUGCAUUCCCUCUGGAAGAAAUGGCUGGCUUCCUUUCACAAAUAAGUAUAUGCCAUGUGUUCAGUUAAUGAAGCAGGGUGUUGGGGUUACAAAAGCAUCAGUGGCCAUGGGAUUGAUUUCAAGGGCAUGGCGACUCUGCCCUGCUUCUUCUAUGUCUGCCUAGCCUGGCCUUUCUGCAGAACCUAAUGGGACUCCUCUCACAUUCUCGGCUAUCAGCAUACAGGUGGCUCUCCCAGUUGUGGGUGGAAGUCAUGGGGCCCAGGUACUAGCAUAAAGGACAUCAAUGCCCUUUCAGGCAGCAGUGCAUCAGGCGAUGCCGCUCUUCCAGUUUCAAGAGUGGAUAAAGCUCAUUUCCUCGUGACCUUUAAAGAAAGGCUUUUUAAAAACCCAGAGCCACUGGUCCUUAUCCCUCUGCUUAGCUACACCUACCUGUCUUGCACCUACUUUGGGAACAAUCUACUGACCUCUCCUUCAGAGAAGUUGCUUUUCGGCAUCUGCAGAGAUCCUUUGCUACUCCCAGGUCCUUGUUCCUGAGCACUCUUCUGCCACCUUAGAGUUCUGCCUCUCCGUCCAGCCUCUCAGGGGUUCCCAGGACUUGGCCACACCCAGGCCCAAUAUCAACCCAUAGAUAACUUUGUACCCUUGCUUCAGAGUUUGCUCUGAGAAGCAAAAAUUGCCCCAAGUCCUGUCCACGUCAGGUUGUGGUCUUAGUUUGGCAGGUCUAGGUUUUACUUCCAGGGUGCCCUUUUGUAGGCAAAGCCUGGGAAGGUGAGUGGAUGGGUAGGGGGUUGAUAGGUAAGGAGACAGAGAUUUCUAGAGAGAUAGGAGCAAACAGCUAAUCAUAUAUAUAUGAUUAUCAUAUAUAUCAAUCAUAUGGUUGCCAACCAUAGCCCAUAAAAGACACAGUUUCAUUCAAGUCUAGCUUGUUGAACCAAUGAAUUUCCUGGAGUCACUUACAGGAGGAUGAAUAAUUCAAAAGUAUCCAUAUCAUUCCAACUCAGGUAAAGCCCAUGAAAACUACACCCCUGGAGAGACCUGUCCAGUUUGCAGGCAGCUCCACUGAGUCUCCAUUUUCCUGGAACUGUUUGCUAUUUACAAAAUCUUUGGGAAGGGCCUUGUGAGCCUUGUAACUUUCUGAGUUUUCUGAUCCUCCUAAGUUUCCUUAGCUUCCUGGGCUUUCUGGACCUCUCAUCUUCUUCCAGGAGGGAAUGAUUCAAUUCAGAUGGAAAAGGUAAGAUACACAAGUGAGUGAGUGGAUGGAUGGGUGGGUGGAUGGAUGGAUGGAUGGAUGGAUGGAUGGAUGGAUGGAUGAAGUUGAACAGUUAGGUUGAAAGAUGGCAGAUGAUUAAUAGAUUGGUAGAUGGAUGGAUGGAUUGACUGAUGGGUAGAUGGAUAGACAGAAAGACUGACUGACUGACUGACUGACUGACUGACUGGUGGUGAACAAUUGGGUUGAAGGAUGCUAGAUGGAUUAAUAGUUCGGUAGAUGGAUGGAUGGAUGGAUGGAUGGAUGGAUGGAUGGAUGGAUGGUGGAUGUACAAUAAGUGGAUGUAUGGUUGGAUGAAUAAAUGGGUGGUAGAUGGACUGUUGGCUUAUGGAUGUUAAAUAGAUUAGUGGGAUUUGUGGAUAGGUGAUUCGAUGUAUAGAUGAUGAAUGAGCAGGUAGAUGGAUAGAUAAUAGAUUGGUACUGGAUGGAUUCAUAGUUGGGUUGGUAGAUGGAUGUUGGUUGACUGCACGCAUAGAUGGUCAGCGAAUUCAUGGUUAGUAGGUGGAUUAUUGGUGAGUACAUAAAUAGAUAGAUGGAUGGAUUGAUCAAUGAAUACAUGGUUGGUAGGUGGAUAGGUAGAUGAAUGGCAAGGUAAAUGAGUGGAGACUUGUAAGGACCUAUGAAAAUGCUUCAACCCCUUCCAAGAGGAGCUUAAUCUUCCCAAUAGACUCAGCUUGGUCCUAGUCUUUUUUAUUUUAUUUUCCUCUCCUUGGAUGGCCUCAAAUUUCUCAUAUAGACUGGGCUGGCCUUGAGGUCACAGUUCUGUCUGCCUCUCCCUCCUAAGUGCUUGGGAUUCCCAGGGUGUGUCACCGUGGCCAGCUCCAUCCUCUUCAGUUCAGCUUUAAGUAGGUUCUGAUCUCCUAGGUCCAAGUUUCUACAGAAUGAGGGGUAACCUUGAUCACAGGAGGUUGCACUGAGAAUGUGUUUUGGGAAGUAUGUGAAUCUUAUGUCCAGAUUAUAGGCUCCUUUGUCCCUCCACAAUCUGGUACAUUUGUCUGGGUUUCUGCAGCCCUGUAGCUCUGAGGUACAUGUUCUACUCACUGUGGUCUAGAGAUUCAUGCUUGUUGACAUGGAUGAGCCAAGUUUCUUCUGCUUCUGUGCAGUGUACUUUAUACCACCCCGUACCCAACCUUUCCCAUGGAAGAGCACCAGUUGUUUCCAGGGCUUUGUUGUCUGUGUGGAGAAGACUUUCCUUUGAGCCCCACAGCUUCUGUAUACGCCAUUUAGACAUCUUCAGUUGUGUUACAAUUCCUUGAGACAUUUGAAUAUUUGAAUGGGAAAUACUUUUUUUGUUAAAAAAAAAAAAAAAAAAGCAGGCUGAGGGGCUGACGAGAUGGCUCAGCGGGUAAGAGCACUGACUGCUCUUCCGAAGGUCCUGAGUUCAAAUCCCAGCAACACACGAUGGCUCACAACCACCCAUAAUGAGAUCUGACGCCCUCUUCUGGUGCGUCUGAAGGCAGCCACAGUGUACUUAUGUAUAAUCAUAAAUAAAUCUUUGGACUGGAGCAAGCAGGAACGGAGCGAGCAGGGCCGACAGGAGCAAGAGAGGUUGAGCGGAGUGAGCAGAGGUCCUAAAAAGUUCAAUUCCCAUCAACCACAUGAAGGUUCACAACCAUUGUUGUUGUACAGCAACAGUGUAUUCACAUACAUAAAAUAAAUAAAUAAAUCUUUUUUAAAAAAGCAGACUGAACCAUAACUUGAGGCAAGUGUCCAGUUUUCGGGUCUAUCUGCUCUUUAAAUGCUGAGAUGUGCACACAUCUGUUCUGAGGUCCCCAUGUGCACACAUCUGUUCUGAGGACCAGGGUCACCAGAAAGAAAGAAAAAGAAAAAAAGCUUUGAAAAGACAAUCCUUAUUUGAUUGGAGGGGAUCUAUUGGGUUGGGAUGAAGUGUGAGCUUUGGUGCCAAGAGAAGAUAAGCACCCCAAGGAGAGCAAGUUGAUAACAGCUAUGAGUCUGGGCUAAAAGCACCAUCAACACCGCUGGGAUAGGCUGGCUGGAGACGGAGAACAGCAAGCAGCCUAAGGAGAGGAGGGCAUGGCUGAUUUCCACAAUGUCUCCUCCUACACCUCCUCCUGCUGCACACUCUCACUCCUCCCUGGUUGAUGGCCUCUCUUGGACAAAACGCUACAAGGGAAGUUAGAGCUGACGGCAACCCAGAUAUGCAGUUGGGUGCAGGUUUGUCACAUGCACAUGGCUUUGGAGUCUUGGGAGGAGUGUUGAUCAGAGAACUCGCUUGACCAGGAUGGUUACAGGUUGCUGUGUUUAGAGACUGGGGUAGAAUUCAGCCACUGGCUCUUCCCAAAAGCUAAGAUGCCACAGCCCACUGUGGGCAGCCAUGCCUCCAUUUUUCUGAGGAUGUAAGAGGGACUGCAGAAGAAGAAAAGGAGGAGUGUACAUUCCAAGCCUUGGCCAGUAGGCAGCUGUCCUCAGCUAUGGGUGAAGCCUAGGCUGUCGGCUAGCAGCUAGCAGCCAAUCAGCAUGAAAAGUAAUAUAACCGCUCCUCCCUCCAUGGCUCCCCCAACCGGUAGACUUCUCCUCCCUCUUCUCCAACUGUUAUCUUUUUCUCUCCCCCUAUUUCUCUCUUCUGUACUGCCAGGAGAGUCUUCUAGAAUUUAGCCUGGGAUAUCAAGGGCUGAUCACAGCUCAGAGCAAGCCCUGCUAGAGACUAUGUACUAAUGCAGAAGGAACGUGAGCUCAGACAAAGGUUGGGUGACUCUACAAAAUUGCUGCCUGGGACAUGCUUUAGAUCCUCAAUAACAGUGUUCCAGGGAGAUCUCUCCUGAGGCAGGACACUGACUCUUAUACUUAUGCAAAACAAAGGAAGGAUGGAAACACACUUUGAAGUUGACAGUAUGCUGUGGUCUCUUUCUGAAAUAGCCGGUAAUGAGUCUUAUGUAGGAGGGACCUUCCCAGUCCCAGAUCAGAUCAAAUGGGAUCAUUUGUGUUCCCAUUGCUCUCCUAACACCUCUCCAGCACAGCAGAAGGGAAAACACUCACCUUUUCUAUCUGGGUGGUAAAGGGCAGGUAGAUGGAGGGCAUCCUUCUGCUCUCAAGGACAGAUAACCAUGAUGGUGAACAGAGCCAAAGAGUAGCUUGGGCUGAAGGCUAUCCUCUUGAGACUUUACCAGACAUGGGAACAGAUACAUCCAUCUUAGGGCGCUCACUGUAUACAUCCCUGAAGUGGGCUACUGAGAACUCUGGAGAGCAGAAAUGACUCCAGAGGGGUCUCUGAGCACACCACAGACACAUAGACCUUACAUUGGUGCUCAGGCUCUUGAUCCUUAGCGGGUUCUAGGAACAUGUAACAGUAAAUUUCUGGAAGCUUCAAGGCCUCUCCUAGGCUUGGUUGGGAGUGUGGAAUAGGGUGGUGGAAGGGCCAGUCAGUACCAAGAAACCUGGAAAAAGUGAUUUGAAAAGCUCUAACUGUGGCUCACAUCUGUGUUUGUAGCAACAGCUGGAGGAGUAUUCCAGCUGUCACCAAAAACUUAUGUAUCCUCUUGAGGAGUAUGCUGGGUACCCAAAUACAGGUACCUCUGAGCUAGCUGGAGGCCUUACAGGUUGUGCCCACCACUUGCACAUUGGCAUAUGCUGUGUAACAAGGCUUUUCAUUUUUAGACAGCCAGAUAAUGUCUGCCAGCCCCUCUCAGGUCUAGGCAUUGCCACUUAGGGCAUGGCUUUAAAAAUGGAGCUGGGACAAAGUGAGGUGGGGCUUCUAUCUCGGGCAGAAAAUAUAUAUAUAUAGCCAUUGCCUAGGUUUGGAAGUGAAGAGUAUUCAUCUCAACCAGGGUGGGGUCCUACUCGCUACCCAGCGUGGUGAGACCUGGAAGUUUCACCUAGUAAGACCUGGAGGCUGAAUCACCCUGUGCUGAAGAUUCGAUGCUCAGGGAAGGGGUGGCAUGGGGGCUUUGCUGAGACCAACCUGGUGUGACAUCCCUAUCUUUCCUCUGAAGGAGGGGCUGAGUCUUGCUACAUGCCUGCCAGUUCAGUGACAGGAGGCUUGAAUACCAAACUGGGUUUACACUGGAAAAAGCACGUUGCCUUCCUUUCCUUCCAACACAAACAACAUGACUAAUGAGGCUUCUGGAAAGAGAAUCUCUGGGGAAGAUAGGGCAGGGGCUAUAGGCAUUUGCUUGGGCAGGGGGUGAGAGCUGGCUAACAUCUGACUGUGCUGUGUGGGAACUGUUGCUGAAGGGUAGGGAGUUUACAAGGUGUCUCCCCCACCUCAUCUCAUUUGCUCAGUAGACCCCCAUAUGGCCCCAUCAGUCAUUUCUGGCUCCAGCCUUUCAGUGUUGGGCUGUGUGUUCCUUCAUUCCUCAUUGUAACAAAAUUCCUGACAACAACAGUUAAGGAAGAAAGGGUUUAUUUUGACUGAUAGUUCAAGGGUGUAGUCUGUCCUAGCCAGGGAAGCCUGAGGAUAGGAUGUGAGAUGGCUGGUCAUACCGUGUCUGUCUGCAGUCAGGACGCUGGGAGGGAGAAAGCUGGUUUCCUGUUUCACCCUUCGAAUUCAGUGCAAGCCCUCAGCCCAUGUUCAGAACGGAUCUUUCCUCCUCAUUUAAAUCUCUCAGGAAACACAUGCCCAGAGGUAGAGUCUCCUAUUUGACCUCAGACAGCUUUAGUUGACAAAAUUAACCCUUAACGGGAAAAUCGAGAUCUCAGAGGAAGCCCCAUCAAGCUGUCAAAAUGGUGUAUUUUAGACUCGUCUUUCAUUCUACUGUUUGACAGGGUAAUAAGCAAAAACAAGGCAUUGGCUUUUUUAAGUUCAGAGACAACUGAGAAGGCCUUUAGAACAAAGCAGUGCUUGGUUUUGAUUGGUCAUGUGUGCCUGUGAUAUUCUACCAGGUGUGGCAGCACAGUGAGCAGGUCAGGGUGUUGUCUUGCCCAGUACCCCAGAUACUGCUAUUUCUUUGUGCGGGGAAACCCUGUUUUGAAACAGUACCUCAGCCUCACUGUUAUAUCACCUUGUUGUGUCUGCUCAUCUGAACUCGCUGCUUCUGUGUGUGGCUUUAUGCCUGGCCUUCCUCCAUCCCAUCUCUGCUUCCUCCAGCCAUUGGUGAGCAUGUUUCACUAGCUUAUUUAUGCGAGGUCAACUUUAUUCUACUCCAAAUAUUGGUGAACAACCAUGCUUUUCUCUGAGCCUAGGUGACGUCACUUGGUAUAUUGUCCUAAAGUGUCAUACAUUUUGUUCCAGAUGUCAGGGACUUUUUUUUUCAAGGAUGAGUAGUAUUCUAUCACUUCUAUCAAUGUUUAUAUAUGUAAGAAUACACUAAUAUAUGUACAAUAGUAUACAGCUCUGUCACACGUGUGUAUGCUUGCAUACACACACACACACUUCAUUAUCCCCUGAUCCUUAGUUCAUUCAUGAGUCUGUGAGCUCCGAGGCUAACUCUGAAUAUCAGCUCCUGUGAACAGGGCUUCAUACACAUAGACAUAUUGACACCUCCUUGAUUGGCUGCUGUCUUUCCUUUGGAUAUAGAAGUGAGACAGCUGUAUCCUACAGAAGAUAACUAACUGUUCAGUAAUUUGAAGGUUUUUUUUUCCCCAUAGAGUUCUCCAUAAUGGCUCUACUAAUGCACAGUCCUGAGAUAAAAUGUAAACUGCAAGGACUGAACUAUGUCCCUCCCAUCCUCCCCAAAGCCACUUUGCAGGGUUGACCAGCCUGAAGGUGGACCUAGAUAUCAUAGACAGGGAAACGGUCUUGGUGGAUAGCUGUCUAAGGCAGGCUCCCAGUGAUGGGGAUUGGUGUUCUUGCCUGUGCACUCCAUCUGAAGAAUGACCUGGGGGGUCUCAUGUGGCAUGACUUCCUCCCCACCCACCCUGCGCAUCAUGGCUGUGGAGAUACUAUGUUGCUAGAAGAUUUUGGGUGAAGGAAGGCUGCAGAAAUGUCCCUGGACUUCUUGUUUAGGACCAACAAUGGGCAAUGGACCAAAGACUUUCCCGUUUUCUGCAUGCUAGACGGCCUCCUAAGUCUGAGUAAGUUCCCCACUCCCUCGAGUGCUGAGGAAACCAGGAGUGGUUGGGUGGAUGGGAAGGUACUGGGAAUGUUCAUUUCAUUGAUGCUCACAUAUUAUGGUUGAGACAAGGCCACGGGGAAGACUCCAGGGAAUGUGCCUUUGGAAAUGUCUGAGUGGCUUUCAGGAGAAAGUAUGGCCAUACACACAUGUACAGACACACUAUAGAUGCACACAGACCUCUCUCCCUAACACAAACAGUAGCCACAGCUAUGCACAUAGGAAUGCACCUAGAAAGGUGUGCAUAUGUGCGCACUAAACUAAAUCAGUACACAUAUACACACGUGAGCAUGCAUGGAAACUUGUGACUGUAGGUAGGUAGGUAGGUAGGUAGGUAGAUAGAUAGAUAGAUAGAUAGAUAGAUAGAUAGAUAGAUAGACAGGGAGAUAUAAAUAAAUGAUUACAGAUGAUAGAUAGAUAGAUAGAUAGAUAGAUAGAUAGAUAGAUAGAUGCCUCCAUAUCAACCUGGUUGGCCUGCAGGGCAGGAGCAACUCAAACUCAGCAUCUCAUGCUCCAGCUUACAAGCAUCGAGAGGUGUUCAUUGGUUCCUUAUCUGUACAAGGCCUGGACCUCUGAGAGACUCAGUCUGUGCUGCAGAGUGGCUAAGCUGAUGUAUCCUUUCCACCUCUGGGCAGUGCCACUUGGGGACCUAGGUGCAUGUCUUUUCCCUCUCAGACCCUGCUCACUACGGGUAGUGAUCUGCUGAAGACUACCUUCCACGGUUUCCCCAUGUCACCUAAUUCUCUGGCCAGGUCCAUGGGUGUGUCCCAGAGCCAGAGUAGACCCCUUCUCUUCUCGCCCUGCCUUUCUCUGUCCAAGUUGGCAUUCAAGCCACACCCACUGCUUCGUUUGUUUCAUUCAUUCAUUCAUUCAUUCAUUCAUUCGUAUGAAUAUGUUAUGUUGUAUGCAUAUUGUGUGGUAUGUGUGUGGUGCAUACAUGUAAGUGUGUGGGUGUGUAUACCCACGGAUGCGCGUGCUCAUAUGUGUGCAUGCCAAGGCCAGAGCAAGUGUCCUCCUCCCUCCCUCACUCUCUAUCUUAUUGCCUUGAGAAAGGGUUUCUCAGUGAACAGGAAGCUCUCAGACUCUACCUUUCCUUGCUUUCAUACUUGCUGCGGAAUGCUUGUAGAGCAAGCGCUGUUACCCACCAAGCCGUCCCCCGGCAGCCCUGUGCACAUGUAUCUUUAAUGACGGAAGUUUAGGAACUUGAUGUUUUAGCUAGCUGCUGGAAUUCUUUUCCUGAGAUUUGUCUGUGAGCUGGUUUUAAGAAUUGUGUAGAGACAGAGUUGUUCCCUGGACCGUUCCGUCCAUGUAGCUUCCCACAGAGGAGACCAGUGACUAGAAACACGGAGAGAAAGAGAGAGACGUGGUAUUUCACUGUAAAGAUCUUGCCUGUUGAUGGAAAUUCUUCCCAAUUUCAGGGCCCAGUGCUUCUUCGUGCAUCUUCUGCACCACGCCUCUACACCUCGAAAGUCUCCUGGCUAUCUGUUCUUCCAUGUGAUUCCUUUCUCUGCUGAAGCCUCUGUCAGCUCUCUGAGCAGGAUGUGGGUGGGAAGGUCCCUUCAGCUGCCCUCUGUGGACAGAGGAGCUGGCCAGCAUCUUUCGUAGUGUCUUUUCCCACCAGCCUGGAAGGACACUGCUCUUCUCUGGAGGGAAAGGCAGCAUUGCUAAACAAAAGCCCAUUGUCGCUUCUCUGAUUCCAUGGGUCAGAAGUCUACUUGGUUUUACAGGCUUUCAGGGCUGCUUGGCUCUGGGUAGCAAGCCCUUCCGUUUUCGUACCUCUUCCUCCUCUUUGAUCUUUUCUGCCUCCAGACUUUCUAAUAGGAGACUUGGACACCUGAGAUCUUCUCCCCACAUUGUAUCACCCCUAGGCCUUUCCUGUGUUCCCCUUCUGUGGGCUCCACCCUGCAAGUUUGCUGACUACUCUCUAGACCUGGCCUUUUUCACCACAUAACACAGCCCUGCAUCUUAAGACCUGAACACUGUGUUCAUCUUAAGCCUAUUUUGUCUCCUGGUUUUGUGUGGUCACUAUAGUGUUUCCUUAUAUGUUUUAGCAAGAUGAUGGAAUUUAGGAUUAUUAUAGUUCCUUUCUUCAUCCCCAAAUCAUUUCUGCCUUCUCAGAAUUAGCUGUGGAAUGUAUAUUUUCUGCCUCCCUUUUCUGUGCUUGGCUUUUUGUAGAUACCUGGUGAUCCUGUUUGUCCGGCUCUGUUACAUGGGAGGGAAGCUGGAGGUCUACAGCCAGAGAGCAGUAACUGGUCAGUGUUCAGGAAACAGUCAGAAUAUAGUAAAUGGUUAGGGUGUUGUAACUUGUCAACACACGAUAAAUGAUCAGUGUGUAGUGAUUGGUUAGGAUCUUUAAAGGUCCACAACCAGACAGGGUACAGCAAUGACCAGGGUGUAGAAUUUGUCAGUGCACAGUGAGGAGUCAAUAGGCAGUGACUUCUCUCUGGUAUUCAACCUGUGUUCCCUGAAAAUUGUGUGUGUGCGUGCGUGCGUGUGUGUGUGUGUGUGUGUGUGUGUGUGUGUGUGCACGCGCAUGUGCACACACAUAAGCCUCUUUGGAAGUGGGCUUCGAGCCUAGGGCCAAGCAGCCUCCCCCAGAAUGGGCUGGCCUGGUGAAUAUCAUAUCUGGAGCACUGUAGUGUCCAGACAUUUAGGCUAUGGUGCAUGGAGGUCCUCCCUCCAUUCUACCCCAUGCCACACCUAUUAUGUAUGCAGCCCUGACUUUCCCACAAGGGCAGGGGUCAUGGGCAUAAUUGGCUAACUGUUGAAGUCUAUGGAACCUGUCUUAGAAUAAUAUAAACACACAUGAGAUCCCUAAGAAAGCCAAUUAUAUUAAAUAUAGUUAUCAAAUGUUAAAAAAAAUAAAAACCAUUUUGAAUAAAGGGUAUGUUUGCGUCUUUAUUAAAGCAUUACAUGAAAAGCCUAGCUGUAGAAUGACUGUAAUUUGAAAUAAUGGUGAACAUAAGCAAUGUACUGUGAUAGCCAUAGAUCUGUAACUUGAUAUGAAAAUACCUGUGAUUUCUGUUGGUGACAAAGUCGCAGUCAUGGCUAAACUAUUGCGUUUAUGCCUUGCAUGCCUAAUUGAAAGCAGUAUUCACUUCUACCUAGAGAUACAUAAAAUAGAAGACCCCCUUCCCUUCUGUCUGGAUUCCCAUAGCUCAGGUAUAUGACAUAAGGGGAUUGUCUCUCUUUGGGCAGCACAUCAUGGCUUCUUCAGGUAACUGUCCUGGCAGCAGCAGUUAUUGGGGUCUAGGGGGUCCAGUCACCUGCAUCUUUGGUGAUGCAGCUCUUUGGCUAAGUACCCUUCCAUUAGCAGGCUCAAUGGAUGGCUCAAAUGGUGUCAACUGUUUGGCAUGGUGAGGGAAAGGAUACUCUACAGAUGGCUCCUCUCUUCUCCCCAGCUCACAGCACCAGAAUUUCCUUGGCCUGCCAGCUCUUGAACUUCAUUCUGCCACAGUCUAAUGUUUUUUUUUAAGGUCUUUUCGUUGUGUCCACAGCCCCUGGUGUCCCUUCCUGAAGCCUGUGGUGGUUCCCACUAGUCAGGUGAAUGUGCGGUUGGCUCCUCAGUUUGCACAGUUCACCUGCUCCUCUGGGUGCCAGACUCAGGUUCUUGGCAUUUUACCUGUAGUUUCUGUAAAGGGCACCAGCAUCACUGACUGCCAGCCCAGUAGGAGGGCUUAGCACCUGGGGGAGGAUCCUUUGGGUCUUUAAAAUUGGAGAUAUGCACAUGCUAUCCAGUGGGAAGGAAUUAAUUGGUGGGCCAUGAAUUUCUGUAGGAUCUUUCUUUUCCUUUUAUAAAUUCAGUUUGCAGAAAGAUUCCUCAAAUGGCUAGUUCUUUUUUAGAUAGUGAUCAGACUGGGGACAAAGCAAAUGUCAGGGGUGGGCCCUCUCUGAUUGCAGUCUCUUUGGGACCAAAUCUGGGUACAUGUGACGAGCACCCACCAAACCCUGGGCCCUUCGAAGUGGAACACACUGCUCCAGGUGAGGUGUGUAGGCCAGCGACCUUGGCAGAGGUCAGGCUUCUCAAGAUGGACAGGGCAGGAUCCUGAGGCUGCUGCAGGGAAGGCUUUGCCGGAAGAUUUGUAGGAGUACUUAAGAUGGUAAGGUGGGGGUUAUUAUUUCAUGGAAGGGCUCCAGGGAACUGCUUAAGAGAAAGCCAAGUCCCUCCCAUAGUAGAUUCUGAAUUGUUUAGUUGGUUAGCUGUUACAAGGUUCUUCUGGGUUGGGGUGGGAGUUCUAACUAACAAUGUCUCUUCAGGGGUUAGAGAGGGGUGUUAGCAGCCACAGAGACAAAUUGCUUUUGAACAGCCCCUCUUCUGCCCAGGUGUGAGCAUAGUAAAGUCUGGUCAGUCAGACAGCAUCAAGUUUGGUUGACCAGUUGGCUCUACUUCUAAUUGUUAUCUUGCUACUGCAGACUUCUGUUUCCCCAAGUACACCCUAAGAAGUUUGAUCUUUCUGACCUCCAAGAGCCCUUCAGAACUGGCCUCUUUUCUUGCAUGACAUGUGAAACAGAUGAGCCCCAGACCCCAGACAACGCACACCCUGACAUGCAACACAGGCUAAGCAUAGGUCCCUGGUUUCCUACCCAAAGCUCUGAGCUGAGCAUUUGAAAUCCGAUUCAGGCAAAAGUGCCUUCAGGCCUCCUGUGCUAGUCCUGGUGCUGUUGGCAUGGAGGGACCCUCUAAAAAAGGACAGCACUGCCUUUAGCUCUGUGCCUCCAGACACGAAUGCCGGCUCUUCCUUGCGGAAGAAUAGAGGCGGCGGCAGGGAAAUGCCUGCUGGCUUCCUCUGGGGCUGGCUGUGGGCAUCCACUGCCUGUGCCAUUGGGUGUCCCGCAGCUGGCUGGAGGCGGGCACACAGGAGGCCCAAGAUGCAAUGUGGUGGUGGGGAAGGCUGUGUGUUUCUGGUCGGCUGUGCUAUUUUCAAACCCCAUCGAAACCGCCUACGGAGAGCAGCCUGCCCUGAACCUGUCUAGCAGCACGUCAGCCCGCUGGUCCUCCUUGUGGUUCUGCAUUCUUCCCAGGACCCGGGGUAGGAGCCGGUUGGGGGCUGGGCUCGCUUCCCCCACUAGCGGCGCCAAACCGGCCGCUCUGCAGUGAGGCCCCAGCGCACCUAGGUGGAGCCCGACCCGCAGUUUUCAGCUGGACCAGCCCCACCUGACCCGCCGGCACGCCAGACGGGGGCGCUGCAGGGCGGCCAGGUCCCCCGGGUCCCCUCCGCGGCCCAGUGCGCAUCGGCAGCUCGGCGGCCCGGGCGCUGCACAGACGGCGGCGGCAGGCGCGGGCCAGAGUCCGAGGCAGCGCGGCCUGGCCGCCUGGGCCGACAGAGACCCACGCCGCGCUCCCGUUCCCGCCGCAGCUCGCCAAGACGCCGAGCCGAGCGGCGGGCGCGCGCCACCAGCACCGGAGCAGCAGCGUCCCGCGGGCGGCGAGGCGCGCAGCGUCUCCGGCCCCACCUGUCGGCGCGGCCACCCUCAGCGUCGCCCCCGGCGUCCCCAGCCAGCGCGGGCGGCUCGCGGCAGCGCUGGGCCCGGCCUCGUCCGGGCUGCGGCGGCGGAGGCGCGCUCUCCCGGCUGGGCGCGGAGGCCCGCACCGUCCCGGGCGAGGGGACCAGCCCAGCGGCUCCGGGCCGUGCAAGUUGGACUGCGGCGGACUCGGCCGGGCCGCUCGGGCCCCGGCGGCGGCGAUGGUGCUGCGGCUCCUCGAGCGGCGCGCAGCCCCGGCCCUGAAGCUGCCUCUGCGCGGCGGUGGCAGCGGCGGCGGAGCGGCCCCCUAAGCCCCCCGCCGGAGCCAGAGCGGGCAGCGGCGGCGGCGGAGCCGGAGAAGGCGGCGGCAGCGGCAACAGAGCAGUGGAGGAAGGCGACGCCGAUCUCUGGCGCGGGGCGACAGGCGACCAGAGCCGGGGCCGCGCCGGACCCCCAACCCGCCGGGCCGUUGCGCAAUCCGCGGCCGGUCUGGGCCCUGCUGGCGGCGCGGCUCCGGGGGCGGCGGCGGGGCUGAUUCAUGGGGCCGCGGCGGCCAGUCCCCCGCUCCCGGGCCCCCGGCGCCCCGCAGCGCGCGAUGGUGGCCGAGUGGCCGGAGCGGCGGCCGCCGCGGCCCGAGACUUUCUGCUAACCUCCCCGCCCCCGCCCGCCCCCUCCCCGGCGCCCUCCCCCGCGCCGUCCCCUCCCCCUGCCCAAAAGACACAGAUCGCCUCCCGGAGUGGCGCCUCCAGUCGCGGCGGAGCGCGGCGUUGGCGGCGGAUGGAGGGCGCGAUCGGGCGGCCAAAGCGGCUGCACCCAGCGGGGCGCUGAUGCGGCUCCUGGACCUUCGCUGCGCGACUUCGGGGGCGUCGGCCGAGUUGGCACUCCGCGAUGCAGCUCCUGAAGGCGCUCUGGGCACUCGCAGGGGCCGCGCUCUGCUGCUUCCUCGUCCUGGUGAUUCACGCGCAGUUCCUCAAAGAAGGUCAGCUGGCCGCUGGAACCUGUGAGAUUGUGACCCUAGACCGGGACAGCAGCCAGCCACGGAGGACGAUCGCCCGGCAGACAGCACGCUGUGCAUGCAGAAAGGGGCAGAUAGCAGGCACCACUCGAGCCCGGCCUGCUUGUGUGGACGCUCGAAUUAUCAAGACAAAGCAGUGGUGUGACAUGCUUCCUUGCCUGGAGGGGGAAGGCUGUGACUUGUUAAUCAACCGGUCAGGCUGGACUUGCACACAGCCCGGAGGGCGGAUAAAGACCACCACGGUAGAGAAGAACCAGACAUACCAGGAGCAUGGGCAGAGGAGGAGCCCGACAUACAGGGUAAAAAGAACCACCAUGCACGACGAAAUACUUCCCACAGGCAGACUGCCAAAAAGGAACGUCACAGAACAGGAGGAGGAGAAAAUCCUGCCUGCGACCCUGGAGCAGAGAUGGCCUCUCGCCCAGCAUCCCUGCACCUCAGAUCGAUUUAGCUACUUUCUGGACGUGACGUCCUCACAAGGACAAAGCAGACUGAAUUAAGAAGUGGUGUGAGCACUGAGGCGGUCCUUGCAGACCCAGUCUGCAGGAGCCCGGUGCCUGCGCCCUAACCCAGCUUUGUUCAGCACAAGUGAUGAAAGACCACAGUCAUUACUCGGAUCAGUGCGCGGUCCAUUCUCUGCUCGUCUGAGUCACCCUGUUCAUCACCACGGUAAUAGCUGGACAUUUUAAUGGAUUCCGUGCACAAACAAAAAUGUAUAUGGUGGUGCUGCAUCAAGUAGUAUUGUAAGCAGAGACAUCCUUCAUGCUCCUGGCGGAUAUGUGCCCGGAAACAAAAACAAACAAACAGAGGAGAUUGGUUUGACAGAGCUACGUUAUUUCUGUUGGCAUUUUUCAGGAGGAGAGGCAUUACGGCUGGUCCCUCUUUCCCGUAAUUGGUCUGCAUUCAUCUCAAUUUUCCUUAAAGCAGUUGUUCUUUGAAUUGUUUUUAAAUGCAUAAACGGCAAAUGGUCAGAACUGGGGGGAACUGGCUCAGUGCAGAGUGGAAGACAGAGCCUGUCAUAUGACACAGGUGGGUACAGGGUGAACUCACUGUCACAGGAAGGGCACUCCUCAUGAUAGUGGAGGUGAUCAACAGCUGGGCAGGCACUGAGCAGGCCUGAAAGUAGCACCGGGAUGGCUUAAGUGUUCCAGUGAGGUGAAGAUGAGAGGUCAGGCUCUAUUUAAGGACGGUGUUCCAAGACCAAGAGUAGGGCCAGGGAAAUAUAGUUUUUGCCCCUGUUGAAACUGGCCCACAUGCUCUGAGUGUUCCUGUCUUCCCAAUUCUAUUUCCCUGUCCGUCCCGUUCCUCAUCUCCCAGGUGCAUUGGUUGUAUGUUGGAAGCUAAGGAUGUAGGCUGAUUCAGCACAUGGUCCCCUGUGUUAAGAAGGUGUUGAAAGAACCCUCACAGGUCUCCAGAGGGCUCACUCUUUGGUGUUCGGUGAAUAUUAGUAAUUAUCUCGGUAUCUACUGCAAUGCUGAGAACAUAGGUAAGGCAAUACUUGUCCCCAGUGCUGCAGUACUGUGUCACCCAGACACAGCUGAGGGAGGCAGGGGGCUCCUGACUGGAAUGUCCUUCACCCAUGGGAGCCGGGGAUAGAGUCCCCACCAGAAGUGAGAUCUUGUUCUUUCAGAAAUGGCACCCCCUCAGGCCUCAUCCUUUCACAAUUCUGAGUGCUUGCUAUAGCCAUGAAAAAGGUGAAGCACCUUCAUAGGGCCCCGUGUCCUGACCAACCCUCUUCUAUGGCCUAGCUACCCCCUAGAUUUGAGGAAAGCAGGCUGUGGAAUGUUCCAGAAAGUUGUGUUAGAGACCUGUGAAAAGGUCCUAAAGUCAUCUCUUAAGUAGAACCCAGAAUGGUCAACUCGAAUAGGCUUCCCUGUACACAGUGAAGUUGAUACCCAGUUGACCACCCUAAGAUGUGACAAUUCCAGCCACUGAUACCUAUUGGGCCAGGCAUGAGUCCCCAACAGGUAACCCUGCUUCCCCCAGGAAGGGACCAAACUCCAUCUUGGCAGGUAAUGCUGGCUGAGUGCUCCUAGUAUGUUUCUUUGUGUUGUUUUAAUUUGGCUGUAGACUCUCUUAAGUAGAAAUGAUGUUUUUAUUAAGGCCAGAAGUAGAUGCAGGUCUCAGCUAUGUGGGAAAUACCAGGAUAUUGACUAUAAAGUUGGAAGAUAAAGUUAGCAUCUGUGUGUUCAUUAUGGAAGCUGUUGGGGCCAUGCCUUCUCACACCUUCCUGAGCUCUGACCCUGAGCCAGGCUAUCCCUUAGUCCCAGGCUCCCUGAGUUGGUCCUCAUUGUUAGAUAUACAUAUCUGACCCCCUGUCCUUAGCCAGUUCUGCGAGCUGAGUGAGCAGGAGUAGCCUUGCCUGUGGCAGACCCUUUGCAGUGGCCUCUGUGUGCUAUGGAGGUGAUGAAAUAUGAGCCUUCAGCAUAGGUGUUUGUCUAAGUUAGGGUUUCCAUUGCUAUGACAAAACACAGCAAUCAAGUUGGGGAGAAAAGUGUUUAUUUGUUUUACACUUCAAUAUCUUCAACAUCAACGGUAUUAGUCAGGAUUCUCAAAACUGAUGGAAUGAUUCUCAUUCAUAUAUAUAUAUAUAUAUAUAUAUAAUACACACACACACAUAAAUGGAAUUACAACGGCUUACAGGCUGCAGUCCAAUUAAUCUAACAAUAGCUAGCUAUGAGCAGAAAGUUUAAGAAUCUAGUAGUUGCUCAGUCCCACAAGGCUGGAUGUCUCAGCCAGUCUUCUGUAUAUGCUGGAAUCCUGAAGAAGUAGGCUCCAAUGCCAAGUGAAGGAAUGGAUGUGCUAGCAAGGCAGGGGCAAGAUAACGAAGAACAAAACCUUCCUUCUUUCUAUUGUGGUUAUAUAGGCUUCCAGGAGAGGGUGUGGCCCAGAUUAAAGGUGUGUCUUCCCACCUCAAGAUCUGGAUUAAAGGCAUAUGGCUUCCUGCCUCAAGAUGCAGAUCAGAGGCAUGCCCUUCAUUUCUGGAUUGUAGUUCAUUCUAGGUAUAGUCAAGUUGACAACCAACAAUAGCUGUCACAUUAUCAAAGGAAGUCAGAACAGGAACUCAAACAGGGUAGGAACCUAGAGGCAGGAGCUGAUUCAGAGGCCAUGGAGGGUGCUGCUUACUGGCUUGCACCCCAUGGCUUGCUCAGCCUGCUUUCUUAUAGAACCCAGGACCACCUUCCCGGGGGGGGGGGGGGUACCUCCCACAAUGGACUGAGACUUUCCCCAUCAAUCACUAAUUAAUAAAAUGCCCUACAGCCUGAUCUUAUGAAGGCUUUUCCCUCCUUUCAGAUUAUUCUAACUUGACAUAAAACACCAAUAGUGUUUGUGAUAUAUCUUUAAAAAUGAGAUUGAGGGAUUUGUGCCUCUAUCCACAUUGGUUUAAAUGUCAACUCUGUUAAGUCAGACACUCAGCAGGUGCAUCAAGUCCUAGGACAGCCUCUGCCCAAGCCCCAGCAGCAGCAGCAACAGCAUAGAUGACUUUGCAGAUCUCCCCCAUAAAUGCCCCAUCCCCUGCACUGGAACAUAAAUCUCAGCCUUAGCCUGCAGCAUACAUAAUAACACCUAGGCACAUUUUAAGAGAAGAGCCCUGUUCUGGGACUGAUGACCCUUCUAGGUCAGACUCAGACAUUCAUAGCCUGGGGAACUGACACUUCUAUGUCUCUGGGUAGGUGUCUGGUGGCAGUUGGGCUUCCUAAGCCUUGGUUUUCUUGUCUGGAGAAGGCAGGAGGGUUCCCUUAGCUCUCCUCUCCAGUUACUGGGAUAAGAAAGGAAAGGUAGAAGGAAAAGGCUUCUGAGACAUGAGGAAUCUCGGUAGGGAAGGUUAUUACCCUUUUACACCCCACAUAUUCUCGGAUGCUCCCAUCCCAGUGGCUGUGUAGGAUGAAGGAGCCUCUUCUGGGAAGCCUUCUCUUGAUGUGAUAGCAUUCAUGCAUUGGGAAUGGUCAGACUACUCUUUGUGUACCUGUAUCUCUCCAGCGUGUUGUUUGGAUCUGGUUGGAUCUGCUCUAUGUAUACAUGGCCAUCUCACAGGGCAUGAAGCCAAAUGGUAGGUUAGUUUUCAAAGAUGAGGUGAGAGAGCCUGGAAUUUAUUUUUUCACUAUGGGAGAAGUGGGACUUCUCAGUAACUAGAGGGAGAGGAAUCUUAAGCCCUUGGAGAUGCAGCCAUGAUUUGUAAAUUAAUGUCGUGGUUGGACUCAACAUGCCAGCUUCAUCUUCUGCCCAGCUUCCAGUUAGCAAGGAGGUUUGAAAUAAGAACUCAAAAUAUUGUCAAGCCUUAAGAGUAAGAAGAGACUCCCCAUGUCAGAUGUCCUUGAGCUCCUCAGAAGAGCCAACAGCCCAUGUCACCUCUGAACCAUGCUUUGACAAUUAGUCACAGUACAAAAGAACCUUAGGACAUCUUCCUCUUAGUGGGCUUAGUAUUGGGACACGUGAGGAUGGAGGUGACAGGAAAGUGGAUGACAUGGCACAGGAACCCUGCUCCAGCAAGUGGAGCAAUGGUGGGCUCAAGAGAGCUCGCUGGCAAUACUUAUGUGGUGGGCAGAGCCUCCUGUGUGGAGCAGAAACAAAGAGCUCAGAGUCUGUGGUCAUCCUAUCUGCUCUCUGACCUCUGAAGGAAGUGAAACUACAGAGCUGAAGCAGAACCCAACCUUGUAAUAGCAAGAACCCUACCCUGAGGCCACCUCUGACUAGCAAGAACCUGUUGGUGAUCACAUGACGAGAAGUGUUUCUUUACAUUUCCCAGUGUAUACCCAGGUCCAGCCUGGAAGAGGACACAGCAGUCCAUACCCAAGGGAGCAGAGAGAGUCUGAAGACUUGGCAGCCAAGCCUUCUUGGAAUGUAGGGCAGCUUUGCUCUCUGUCUGGUGGACUCGGGCCAUAGACUGGAGCUUGGUGAAUUGAGCUCCAUCUAUGAGAAGUGUGACCAGAAGAGAGGCCCAGGCAACCCUGGAGCAGCCCACUGGGCUCACACUGGUGGCCUCAGGUGUUGGCUGGAGACUCCGGAGUUGAACAUGGCCAUGUCUGUUAUUCCAGGAUAGCGUGGCAGAGAAGAGCCUGGACUAAAGACAGGCCCUUAUGCUUUCCCACAGAGACUUGUAGCACAUGCAAAAAACACUGAGGACCUAAGAGCAGAAUUCAAAUGUGUAUCGGAAGCUACAAAUAAUAGAAUUGUCACCACAGAAAAUGGAAACGACUUCGUGAGAGCAAUAUUAAAGACGGGAAACAGCAAAGUGGAACGAAAUGGGGAGGUGGCAGAUUUGGAGGCCAGAGAAGAGACAAAGAGCCUGAGAGUAGGGGUGCUGCCUGGGAGAACCCUGACAUCAGGAAGUAAAAAGAUGAGCCUAUGGCUGAAGUAUGGUGUUAGAAAGAAACACUCUAUCCCCACCCCACCCCUCACCCCCAGGCAGAAGUAAGUCCCAGCUAGGGCAGGAACUCAACUGGAUCUGCCAUCACAGGACAUGCCUGGCUUGGAUGAAUGAAGGAAACCUGUGUGACAGCUGUUUAGAUGACACUGAAGAAAGGGAAGAUGGAAGAGCGAGAUUCACAGAACCAACGCAGACAGAGUCUUGUGAGCCCAGGGAUACCUGAAGCCAGAAGAUGAGAGGACUUUCACCGAGAUAGGCCAAAACACAAUCUCCCUCGUGGACUCAGCCUUAUUUCUAAUUGCUUUGGACAAAGGUAGUAACUAGGAGCAGUUUCCAUGACUGGGAAUGUAUAACCCCACAUAGUGUUCCCACAAAGGUGAAUAAAAGAUCAAUAAAGCGAGACUCGGAAAUCAGGAGAUGAAAAAGUUCACGUGAGGGAAGACUGAUGCCCACCACUGACGCCAGUCACAGGCCAUGAUGGACACAUACCUAAAACCCCAGCACUAAGGAAACCGAGGCAGGAAGAUCUCCAGCCUGAAGCCACCCCGUUGCUACACAGUUGCAUGCAAACUCCCAUUCCUGCUCCUUGAUUUGCUCUGACUUAUGCAAAGCUCCCCUUAUGUAAAUGAUGCUUUAGUGUCACCUGUGGUUGAUUAAGGAUGGCCAGAGAACAACCAGCAGCAGUGUGGGAAGGAUCACGCCAGCCCAUCCUCAGUGCAGGAUCAUUCCUCUUUGUGGUCAAAGGUUUCCAGGAUGGCUUCUGUCCUUUGGGAAAUGGACUCCUUGAUUUUAUUGGCAUUAAAAAUACCAAUAGAACUAAGCCUGUUUUCUGAUAAAGCACCACAAAUAAAAGAAGCAAAAAAGGAUCAGAGGAGAUGUGCAAAAUGAGUGGAUCCAGGAGAGAAGGGUAGCCAGAAGCCAUUACAGAGCAUUACGUAUGGCAGGAACCUUGCCUGUAAAAACAGUACAUGUAAAUGGACCAGUUGUCUCUAUUUAAAAAGCAAAGACUGUCCAGGUCAGUUGUUCAAGAUAGCAAUGGUCCAGAGCUGUCCAAAGGCACUCUAAGCAACACAGGAAGAGUUUAAGGUGAAGAUAAAGUUAUACCAAGUUAUGGAAACGAAAGGAAAACAAAAAGUGAGAUAUAAGAAAUUGGAACAUUAUGAUGUCAUAUAUCAGUACAGUUAGUUCAUGACAUAUAUUUGCUUGUGCAUUGUAGUUCAAUGAAGUGAAAAUAAAGAGUAAUAUCUGGGACCUCCACAGAUGACAAGCAUGCCAGGGACACAGAUGAGGUAACAUGAUUGCAGAUGGAAUGAACAGAAUUGAAGUUGAGAUAACACUGGGCUUUGAAUCUGAGAGUUAUGUGCAUCUGUUAGGUCUGAAUAAUUGCCAGAAAGAGCUGGAGUAGGGAGAAGCAGGGCCUAGGUCCUGUGAAGCACACCUUCCCACAGAGGCUUUUGCCAUUACCUGUGGAAACUGGUGUAUGAACAAGGAUGUUGCUAAUGUGUUAUUUUCAAAAUCUCCACAAAAAUAUCAUCCUAGACAGAAGAGGUGUGCCAGCCUUCCUUCCAAACUAAACCAGGAGCUGUGCUUCCUUAAGGCCACAGAGAGUUGAAACCAAGUUGCCAUGCAGCAGUUCACAGUCUAACUCAGAGGUGACCUGGCUCUCAGGGCCUCCAUCUGUGUGCGGAUAGAACAAGCAAGAUGCUACCCCCAGGGUUGGUGCCACAAGUGAGUCAUCACCUGAUGUGAUGUCUGAACUGGGCAGUAUGUUGGGCAGUCACCCAUGGAAUUCAGGUCCCAUUUAAGAUGAAGUAGAAAGAACUCAGUGUGCCCAGUAAACAAUGUUCUGGUGUGAGUGGGGGGUAUCGUUACAAAUCAGAAACAAUGAAAAGUGUUUUAAAAAUUAAUUAACUAAUUAAUUAAUUUAAAAUAAAUAACCACUCUCCAAGGAAAGAAAAAAAAAGCAUCAAAAUUAAUUAGCCUAAAAAGAAACACCUGGAAUUGGUUGCUCUACCUUUGAUAAUCUUAUAUAGACAUGAUUUUUUUAACCUCCAUUUAGCCCACAUUUUUAAGGCCCGAAAGUAAAUUUAGGGAGAGGAUGUCAGGCUCGCACUUAGACUGUUUAUACACUCAGGAGCUUCCGCCACAGUCGUCAGGAUCCCGGGGCUUUGGAUGCGUGCAUGGGUUUUGGUUUUUGGGGUUUUUUUUUGUUUUGUUUUGUUUUGUGUUUUCUGUGCAGAAAAUUACUAAACAUAUAACAGAAUGGGGAGAAAUGUUAUUCUCCUGGAAACCUUCUAGGAUGAGGGAGUUUGAUGGGCACGUUUAGCAUGCAGGCUCUUCCACCUAAAUACUGAGACACAUGAGAAACUCCCGGGCUUAUUUGGGAGCCUUGGAAGUCCUGAUUGCAGGUGUGUCCUCGAGAAUGGAAAGGCAACAGCACUCGUCUCUGCAAGGUCUGAGGCUGGUGACUCGGCUAUGCUGGGCAUAGGACUCACCCAGCUGAGUACCCUUGGGGCCUGAGUUCUCAGCUCCCUGAGGCACUGUAGACACAUCUGGGUUCCUGCCCCAAGCAUGCCUUUGCCAGUGGCACCUAUAAGAAACCACCAUAUCCUGGACUCUGCAGUCUUUGAAAAGUAAGACAAAGCCAGUGGCCACAAAGUAGGGCUUAUAGGAGGGAUGAAGUUAUACUUUAAUAUUUCAAAUUCACGUAGUAUAAAAGACCGCAAUAACUUGUAUCCAAAAAAAAAAAAAAAAAAUGGAGUUUCCCCUGUAGCCAAUGUACCUGAAAGGCAGCAGGCACAGAGUAAUUACACUGGUAAAUAGUGAAAUGCAACUGAACAGCACCAAUGGCCUCAGAGUGGGUCUUGCCUUGUGCUGUGUCCAUGUAAAACCAGAGGUAUCAAUUGUCCCGCAGGCAGGUACAGGCCUGGAGGGAAGCCAUUUAGGUAGGAGCUUAGGCCACCACCUCUGAUCACUCAUUGGACAUUCUUGAAAACCAGACCCAAGGCCGUGAAUAUGUGAGAUGAGAAAUGAAACCUUAAUGAGCAUCAGAAACUCAGCUCAAUGCUUCAGAAGUAAUAGAUUGGACCUACUACCACUGUAUUUAGUUUGGAGGGUUAUGUGCCCAUACACACCCUAUAGUGUUUGACAAGCAGCAAUCCAUAGACCAGACCCAGCUGCUCCAGUUUUAGCUAAAGCCAUGGAAGGGCUCACUUGUGCUCACUCACACAUCUGAUGCUGUUACUCCCAUUAAGUGUUCGAGGAAAUCCCUUGAGACUUUACAAAGGGUUUUACACUUUAUCACUGUAGUUCAGUCAGAGGGGGAUACAUGUCCUUGCCCUGCCACAGAAGACAUGUGACUUCAAAGUUGGCAUGGACCCAAAGGUCACACAUGACCCAAAGGUUAUGUGUGGGUACCUGGUUCUGAGCUUGAGACUCCAGCCAGGCCUGAGCCCUGGCUUCUGCCACUGGCCCUCAUGAGAUGAGGUGAAAAUCAUGUAGACCAAGUCCCAGGUUCUUAAUUAAAGCCUGGCAGUGGUUAGUGUUUGUUAUCACUGUUUCCUCAGCCAUGGAACAAACCAUAUGUCCCUGAAAUGGAGCGAAGGGUUCCUAAGAAUUGUAUCUGGGGCACAUCCGUGGUUCAGAGCAUCAGCGAUUGCAGGGAGAAUCUUAGUAUUUUCAGGAAAAGUCAGGUUGGAUCCUUACCGCAUACUGUGUCCCAGCUGAAAUUCCCUAGGGACUGCAGAAUGGAAUGAGACAGAGGUGGUAAAGACAAAGCACAGAUGAGCGCUGAAGUAAGUUCAGAGGGAGGAAGAGGCUGCAAGUUCAAACCCAGCCUGCAAAAUCAAUCCAUACCCACAGUGCAUGCUCCCUGAGACGGUGAGCUGCAGUGUUCCCUAUGAAUGCAGGAAGUACUACAAGCGGCAGAUGCAUGAGUGCACCCGACCUCUCCUGCAGCCUGGCUCUGUGGCAUGGCUUACACACUGCAGCUGCCAAGCAUUGCAAGUACCACAAACCUAUAUCCUGGGGAGAGGAACCUAUGGGCUGAAGGUACAAGUCCAUAGCAGAUCAUAUGUCUACAAUGUAUAGCAACCUUGGUUUAACUCACUCCUCCCUCCCCCUCAAAACAAUCAGUGUGCCAAAUAUAUGUUCUACUGAAAACAUUUUGAUCUGUAACCCAUCAUAAAGCUUUAAAAAAAAAUCACAGGAAGAGCCGUGGUAAUCUUGAGAUGGGUUGGAACAGCUGACAAGCAGGCUUACCAUGUGGUCCAAAGACAGUUCCCCAGAGGAAAAGGGGUAAGGUAUGUGAAUAGCGAAUUCCCACAAUACACGGCAGGAAUGCACAAGAAAUGCGGAGAUUCUUCUCAGACAAUAGCUGAUCAAAAGACAAACGAGGCAUCAGUCAUCGGGACAUUACGGUUGGUUCUAUUUCCUUCCAACGACCUCUAUGACCUUCUGGAAGAUACUAGUAGAUAAAAGCCCAUCAUUCUUUUGGAAGGCAAAUGGGCAAUAUCCAUCUGGAUAACCACAAGUGCUUAUGGUACUUGGAACCCAUAUAGCCAUUGCUCUAGCCUAGAGUUGGCACAGGAUCCAAAGGUCCCCUCCUUAUGUCUUUCUACCCACAAAAGAGGAGUAGCUGUCCACACAUGUGCACACUUACUCAUCGAGGCAUUGUUGAAAGAGCCAACAGAUGGAGACGGUCAGGUGUCCAUCAGUGGCUGGUGAGUAAGUAACGGCAGCUGUGAAGAAGAUUGGCUGCUGAUGCUUGCUCCCAUGUGGUACAUCUCGCACCUCACACUGAGUACUGUGUGGUGGAUUGAAUAUACUUGGCACUAUUAGGAGGUGUGGUCUUGAUGGAGUAGGUAUGGCCUUGUUAGAAGUGCAUCAGGUGGCUUUUGAAGUCUUAUGCUCAAGGUCCACCCACUGAGGAAGAAAACCUCUGUGGCCUUCAGAUCCGGAUGCAGAACUCUUGGCUCCACCUGCACCUUGCCUGCCUGGAUUCUGCCAUGCUGUCUGCCGUAAUGAUAAUGGGCUGGACAUCUGAACCUGUAAGCCAGCUCCAAUUAAAUGUUAUCCUUUAUAAGAGUUGCCUUGGUCAUGGUGCCUCUUCACAGCAAUGAAACCCUAACUAAAACAUACUACUGAAUGCCUCUGCCUCUAUAAAAUGUCCAGUUUGAGCAGACCACAAAGAUAGGGAAAUGGGUAAUGGCUGAUGGUGUGCUGUCUCAUUGAGGAGACAAAAUUAAGCUAAAUCAGACUAUGGAGUGAUUGCCUGGCCCUGUGACUAUACUAAAAUCCAUUGGUUUAAAAGGACUCAUGAUUAAAUAUCAUGAGAUACUUAACAGUGUCUCAGGGAAACAGCUACAGUGGGCAUACAGAUGUUGUGUCUUCCAUCCAUGGAAAUUCUCCCUGCAUCAUCUCACCAGCCUGACCUCAGAAGCCCUCUUCUGAUGCCCUGCAGUGUGGUGGAGACCAGCUUGAUGGGAUCAUAACAUCUCUUUUCCACCUUGUGUUCUGCUCAGGACCCUGGAAUCUAGCCACAAAGAGGUGGCCGUACCACCCCUAGUGGCCGUCCUGCAUAGAAAGGGAUAUGAGAAGGACCCUUGGAAAGUGGUCACGUUGAUGGCAGACUAUAGAAGCAGAGUGACCAUGUAACUGAGGAGGGUUUGGCUACAGUGGUGGGCACCAAGGUGCCUUACAGGAGGCAUGUCUGAUUCUAGUUCUGUCACCAUUGGUCUUAGGGUUCAUAAGUCUGGCCAGCUAACAGCUGAGCAGCCUCAGUAGCCCUCAGUGAUGUUGGCUGAGUCUUGUUUUCAGGACUGACAGAGGGACCAGGUGUUACACAGGCUCUGUUCCAGCAGAGACAGGAGAGGCAGAGUUGCAUCAUGGCUGCAGACCGAAGGGUAAGAGGCCAAGUCAUGACGCAUGUCCUUCACUUGUCAAGGCCCCUUGUGCCAUUUCAAAGGUAUCAAGGUGUGGGGAGGUUGGAACCUGACCUAGUCCAGGGUGUGGCUGAUUACCUCCUGAGGCAUAAGAUGGAGAUGAGUCCAUAUAUCACUGCAGGUACAGCAUCGGAUCACAUGGAAAGCAUGUGCCCCAGGGAAAGCUCUGCCCCAUCCUCUCACUCUAUGGUUACUACUGAGGCUGGAACCUUACUCCAUAGUCAAGGUGGGAGUGUGUAAGAGUAAGUGGUGGGGAAAAUGGUUUCCGCCUAUAGUGACCAAGGCCCACAUCACCAUGAAGGGCCUGCUUAUGGUCUCCAUCCAUCCUGAAACAGAGGAGAAAAACCUGCUUCUCCGGUACCCAAGAUUCCGUGAAGAUCAGGCUAAUAGGAGGGACAAUAGGUAGGUCAUGCUGGAUCUAUAAGUGGCCUGAUAUCAAAGUUCACCAGCUCUGCCUACUGGGGAAACUGAGUUCCCUUCUGGAGUGUUGCAGAGGCAGGGGUUCUCAUUUAGGAAGGCAUGUGAACUAAAGGCCUGGAGCAUAGUGCUUACUGUCAACUCAACUCUUAGAAGAACAGGGCACCUCAGUUGACUGGCCCCUCUGUAGGUUGAGGUAUAGCUCUCUCAGUGAGGUACACAGAUCCCAGCUAUACGACUGUGGAUUGUAGGCUCAGCAAACUCAUGGGGCCACAGAUAUCAGAAGACAUUUCCCACCAUCCUUUAUCCCCAGGCUCACCACUGGGCUGGAAGCUUUUAUUCUUGAACCUGUGACUCAAGAUCCAAGAUAGCAAAGGUGAGCCAGAUACCUGCCCUUAAGACCCUGUCUUAGCUCCCAUAAGGAUCUGUACUCCUGGAGGUAUGCAGAGUGCCUCAGCCUCUACCUCUGUCCCUCCAAGAUCCUUUGCUGUGGAUCCUGUGAGGAAAGAUGUCAGGCCCACAGGCCUCACCAGGUACCAUCUUCACUGCUGACAGUCAAUUAAGUGGGAUAGGAGGCUAAAGUUAGGGGUGUGACAGCUCACUAUGCUCACACCUAACAUCAUUAUUCCAAUUUAAAAUGUAAGAAGCUAGCUCCUCAUGAGCUGGGUGGAUUAGUUCUCUAUUGCCGAGUAACGAAUCCACAGACUUAACAACUCUUCUUGGCAUGCCUCUGUGGUCAUAGGGUCCCACUGCCAGAUGGCUUCUCUAGCUAGUAUACACUAUAACUGCAUGUACACAGAUAUACGCCCCCCAAAACAUACACAUUCAUACACAUACCUCACUCAAAUGCAUGUAUGUGUACUAUCUCAGUUAUAUGUGUACACACAGGCACAUGGACUGCAUACACACAUGAUCCAUACAUGUAUAUAUCGUACUUGCAAUUACAUAUAUGUACAUACUACUCCCAUAUGUGCACACACAUGCAUCACGCCUGCUUUUAUUCACAGGUACAUUCACACACACACAAUGCCAAUAUUUUUCCAUAGAAUCUGCUAUGGAAUUUUUGGUUUUAUUUGUUUUUGUUUUUUUGUCUGAUUGGUUUGUUUUGGGGUUUUGUUGUUUUUUGGUUUUGGUUGUUUUGUUUUGUUUUUAGUUAAUCUUAUAUCCAACCACUUUCCUAAAGGUGUUUAUCAGCCAUAGAUGCUCCCUGGUAGAACAUUUGGGGUCACUUAUGUACACUAUCAUAUCAUCUGUAAAUAGUGAUGCUUUGACGUCUCCCUUUCCAACUUGUAUCCCCUUGAUCUCCUUUAGUUGUCUUAUUGUUCCAGAUAGAACUUCUAGUACUAUAUUGAGCAGAUAUGGAGAGAAUAAAGAGCCUUGUUUUAUUCCCAAUUUUAAUGGAAUUGCUUUAAGUUUCUCUCCAGUUAAUUUUAUGAUGCUGUCUGUAGGCUUGCUGUAUGUUGUUGGGUUUAUUAUGUCUAAGUGUGUCCCUUGUGUCCCUGAUCUCUCCAAGACUUUUAUCAUAAAGAAGAGUUGGAUUUUGUCAAAGACUUUUUCAUCAUCGUGCACGUGUGUGUGUGUGUUUGUGUGUGUGUGUGUGUGUGUGUGUGUGUGUGUGUGUGUGUGUGUUGCUUUCGGUUUGUUUAUGUGGUGGGUUAUAUUGACAGAUUUCCAUAUGUUAAGACAUCCCUGCAUCCCUGGGAUGAAGCCUAUUUGAUCAUAGUGGAUGAUCUUUUUGAUGUGAUCUUGGAUUCAGUUUGUGAUAAUUUUAUUGAGUAUUCUUGCAUUAAUGUUCAUGAGGAAAAUUGAUCUGUAAUUCUUUUUCUUUGCUGAGUCUUUGUGUGGUUUGUGUAGCAGGUGACUGGAGCCUCAUAAAAUGAAUUUAGCAAUGUUUCUUUGUUUCCGUUCUAUAGAAUAAUUUGAGGAGCAUUGGUUUUAACUCCUCUUUGAAAGUCUGGUGGAAUUCUGUGCUAAAACCAUCUGGCUCUGGGUGUUUUGUUGGUGUUGGUGUUGGUGUUUGACCCACAGGUUGACAACUACUACUCUGAGCAUCCUGCCUGCUGGGCUUCAGUCUCAGCCAAACAUAACCGUUGACCCAUCUUCAAGAUACUACAUAGAGACCCUGAGGUGGUCAAUGCUAAUCUAAUCUAGCAGCAACACCCCAACUCGUCUCAGAUGCAAGGGCCUGUAGCACUUGAGUCCUGCCUGGUUUUGUGGGAUUCAUAUAGUGAUAAUGUGGGAGACCCAUUUGGCACAGAUGGAUAGAUGGCUCCUAACAGCUGAAACUUAUCUUGUAACAGCUCUAAAUGCAAAACUCCUCUGAGAUGAGGGUGUACACAGAGCUAACUCCCUUAGUAGCCUCUGGGGAGGAAGACCCUUCCCAUCUUGCCCAGGCUCUGGUGGCCAUAACAUUCAUUGGCUCAUGACUGCACCAUCUCAGUCUCUGCCUCUGGCUUUAUGAAGCUGUUUCUAACUGUCCUGUCUAGAUCUGUGUUCAAACCUUGAAUUCUACCCUUGUAACAACACCAGUCAUUAGGUUAGGGUCCUCCAUAAUCCAGUGGGACUAUAUCUAGCCUUGAUUACAUCUGCUAGAACCAACAAGAUCAGGGGUAGACAGGUCAUCCCUCUAGAGGGUACCAAGAGUAAUCUGGUGCAAUCUCUGUGUACAGUCACAGAGACAUGAGGGCCCAGGUGGCGUUCUGACAUCCACACAACCUCAGCUUGUCUCCAAGACUAGCUGCACAUAAAGAGCCCUCUCCCUGAGAAGAGAAUCAGCCUCCACUCCUCUCUGGUUCUCUCCUUAUUAAGGAGUUUGUUUAUGGAAGAUCAAUAAAUAUUUGAUGGAAGGAUGAAUAACUGUGGGCAGAUUCCUCGAGCAAGCCCAAGGCCUUCCUCUGGGCCUCCUACGAUUCCUGAACAUAGCUCUGAGUCCCGGUGGGCUCUGUACUGCUUCAGUGAUCACACCCCAUUUUUAUAAGUGUGUGGAGACGUUACUUGCUAAUUUUAUCAGGGCUGCCGUUUGCCAUUGGGCAGUUAGAGGCUGCAGACCUAUACUGAGUUCUGCCUACAGAGUGGUGGCCCUGGGUCUUGGUCAAUCUCCAGAGCGCCUGUCUUUGGUUGUUGAGAAAGGCUAUUCUGAGAUAACCCUCGGUCACUGGCACUUCCUGAGAGAGGAGCUUUAUGUCCUGCAGAUGAGUGCUGGCCCUCAGGUGGCAGGGUGAUGCUGCUUACUGUAGGUCUCCACUGGACUCAAAGCAAAGCUGGCUAUGGUGUAGCUCCACCUUUGGAGAACUGGUAGAGCAGUCCUGGGAGUGGGAGGCAGUGCCUUUCCUAAGCCCAGUGCCUUUCCUGAAACCUGCAGUUGCUUCUGCUACUGUAUGUUGGGGAAUUUCUAUUUAGGUAGCCCUAAGCAUUAGAGCCCAGCUUACUUACGCUAACUACCUUAAACACCUGUCUGAAAAUACAGAGCUGACCUAACUCUCUCACAAACCAUGAGUGUCCCGCUGCAUUCUCAACCAGCCUGGAAGGGCAGGAGGUAGCUCCAUGGUGUUCCUGAAACCACCAUCAGCCAGAGAUGGUAUCCGGGAUGCUUUGAAUCUAAGUACAAAUGACUCCAUACUCAGUUCUGUCACUGUGAAGGUUCAUUGUGCAGGAAACAUCUUUGCUGUCUACAGUGACCCAUCAGAACCCUCAUCCAGUUGUUAGCAUACUAUCAAAGUGCACAUGGUACCCCAUAUUCCUGUGUGUUGACUUCAGAAACAACCCAGGGCCUUUGAAUGAGCCCUGUUACCAUUUUCAGCAAAUGCCUAUCCUAUUAUUUUGAGGUAAAGCAGUCCCUGUUGCCAUGUGCCCUUUCAAGUCCACUACAGUCAUUGUGAGUGCUGAGCUAGAGUCUACACGAUUUCAAAAUGAUCUCAUGCCUACUCAGUGGCUCUGUUGUCUUGAGCCCACAGUCAAACUGUUGCCCCAGAAGUGCGUCUGGGUACUAGCACUGCAGGAAAUGGUCUGGAGAAGUGCCACCUAACAGCUGCUUGCGUCUGGUGGCUUCUUACUUUGGUCUUUCUCCCCUGGGUCAAAUGAGCAGGGCAGGUUGCAGGCUGACCUUUCUUGCCCUCAUCCCACUAAAGCAUUCAUGUAGCCCAAUGCAUGUUCUCUGGAGCUAAGUCACAGUGGUGGGUAUAGAACUCUCUGUUUGGUAUCCCAUCAGGACAUGGUGCCUCUGGAGGAAGGCAGACUUCUCUUUUGGAGACAAUGGUCUUUUGCCAACUGGCAAUUACUGCUCUCCCAGAUGUUAAUAAAAUGCUAGCAAGUCUAGAGUGGAUCCACUUGGCCAUGAAGGUUUGAAGGCUGGACUCCCUAUUAAGUGCCCCAAGACUGCAAGAGUCGCCAGAGAAGAGACACCCCAGAACAUCAAGUGUAGCAGAGACACUCCAGAAUGUUAGGAGGGACAGAGACAUUUCAGAACAUUACCUAUUGUCUUUUUCAACAUGGGCUACCACCUUCUGGUUCUUUAGUAACUGAUGAUGUAGAUAUGUUUGGACCUGGGGAAACAGAGGUAUAAGGAAGCCAAAAAACAAUCUGCAGCACAGCACUGAGCCUAGAAGGUACGCACUGCCCUGGGAAAGAGGCUACCCUUGGCCCUGUUGUGUGUCAGGUAGCUCAGAUCAUCAAGAACAAAGUAAGAGGGAGCCAGAAAAGAUUAGGAAGGUCAUAAAAAGAUAUACUGGUUCUCAUCUCUGAAGCCCGGUGGUCACCAUGGUAUUGGGACUUGAUGCCUCAGACCUGUGGUUCUCAACCUUCCUAAUGCUGCAACCCUUUAGUACAGCCCUUGAGCCAGCAUCAAAUUGUCCCAGAAGUGCCUCUGGGCACUAGCACUGCAGGAAAUGGUCUGGAGAAGUGCCACCUGACAGCUGCUUGCUUCUGCUUGCUUCUGGUGGCUUCUUACUUUGGUCUUUCUCUCUUGGGUCAUAAAUUAUUACCUCCAACCAUAAAAUGAUUUUCAUUGCUACUCAUAUCUGUAAUUUUGCUAAAUAUCUGAUAUGUGACCCCACCACCAAGGGUUCAAGACCCACAGGUUGAAAACUGCUGUCUUAGAUUCAAAUAAGCUGUGAAUUUGGGCUAAGGCUAGACAAGGCGUGGGUGGACACCAGCAGAACUCAAUGCCAAAGGAGAUGCUGCUGCCAGCGUGGCCAGAUGUGCUCUAUCAUCCAGACAUAAACAAAAGGUCUGAGUUGGUCAGGGUCCUGAACAUCCUGAUUCCCCACUCUCCAGAGCUCUCACUGGGUGUCUGAGACAAACACACCUUGGUCCAUCCUUCUGGUGUUUUGUGAUUGCUGCAAUAAAAAGCAUGUGCCCCCAUGGUCAACUCAUGUUUUAUGAUUUUUCAAUUGAAUCACAAACUCUGUCAGUUCUCUGUGGAUCUGAGGCUUGACAGGUGUCAAACCUCGGCUCCUUAUGAGUUCUGUUUUCCUUCAGGAGAUGGAACAAUCCAGAAAAGAAAUGAGAUCGCAGGGAAUCGGCUGCUGCCGAAUUCCACUCCUUGUGCCUUCCUGAUUUUACAGGGACUUCCCGUGGGGUCUUCCUCUCAAAGCAACGUGCACCUUCAUGAGACAGACACACCCUCACCACAUUGGCUCAUGAAACUCUUAAUGAGGAUAGCCCAAGUCAGACUCAUGGCAGAGCAGAAAGCUUGUUUUUGCAUGGUGCUUUUGCUGUGGGCAUAUCGAAGGCAAACCUUGUUGUCAAGUUAGAGAGGGUGAUCAGCUGCAGCACUCUCACCAGCCCUGAGGCCAUAGAAGUGCCCAAGUCAUGUCCUUUGAUAGGAGCCAUGUCCAUAUGUCACCACACUGUUAUCCUUCACUCAGAAAGGAGCUGCAAGCUCCAUCUUGCAUGAGUUGACUGUUCCAAAUCAACAGCCUCAAGAUUCACUAGAAUCAUUCUUAGAGAUAUUACCAUCAGUGUUCAGGUCUAAAAACCCAGAACAGCCUCGCAUCAUGAAGACAACAGCAACCCACACCCUUGAGGUGGCUCUGACUAAACCAAAAUAUUCUGCUCAGGUGGGAGCAUGGAGCCAUCACUCUGCCUAGACUGGUUAUAGAGGGAAGUCUCAUGAAUCUUGAACCUGGGACUCCUAUGCCAGGAUGAGUGACAUAGGUGCCAGUCCCUGGAGUCCCAUAGUGCUCCUCAUUAAGAAGGCCUGAUGACUGGGCUUGUGACUAUUGGUCUUGUCAACUUGACACAACCUAGAAUCAUCUGAGGAGUCUCCAUGAUAAGUCGUCUACAUUGGGUUUGCUUAUGGUUGUGUCUAUAGGGGAUUGUAUUAAAACAGGUAAUUGGUGUGGAAAGAUCCUGUCGACUAUGGGCAGUACUACUCCCUAGAAACCGAGUUCUGAACUCUAUACGAGGGGAAAUUAAGCUAAGUACAAGUAAUUGGGCAUUGGAUACUCAUUUCCCUUUGCUCUUCAAUGUGGAUGUGAUGUGACCCACUGCCCUAAGUUCCUGCUUUGACAUAUUCACAGCGAUGAACUGUGACCUGGAAUUGUAAGCCAAAAGAAUGCCUUUCCCCAUAAAAUUGUUUUUUGUCCAGAUCUUUUAUCACAACAACAGAAAUUAGAUUAGGACAGGGCUCGCCUCUGCUGACAAAGGUUGUUUUACCUCUAAGUUCAGUUCCUGUCCAACAGAGCAACAACAGCAUCAUCCUAGGAACUGUGGUCAACACGUGCUGGAGCUUAGGAUAUGGGCACAGAGAUGACCUCUCUGUCUAGAGUGUUGAUGGGGUCAGGGAAAUGCUCAGCACCACCACUGAUGUGGUGUCAGGUCUGACCUUCAAGAAAGAGGGUAUUGUAGUCAGAGUGAACAGGUACCUAUGAUGUCAAGGUGGACUGAGGUCCUCCGACAUGCAUGCCGUGAGUUCAGCUUGAAGACCUUGUCAGGACUGCUUCAGCUACUGACAGGGGUGGAUAUCUGGGUAAAGAGUCCUCUGUAGUAUCUUGUUGAUGAAGCAGAAAGUGUGGCCAGGUAGUAUAGGACCAAAUUGAUGACUGUGAACAGGAGGUGGACAGGCACAAGUCAUGCCUGAUACUCAUAGGACAUGUACAGGUCAACUUGAUAUCCAGCAGGAUCUCAACACUCCAGGAGGCCCUGAAAGGUCUCAUGGGCCCUGUUAUCAGGGUGGGAAGUUGGUGUUUGUCAUGGCCCAAACCUAGCAUGUUGUGCUCAAAUAAAUGGAGAAGCAGGCCUGCCGUGUAGAGCCAGGAAGACUUCCUGCCCAUUCCUGAGGUCUGGCUGGCUGUCCUUCAAACACCAUGACAUGGUAGAAAUAUGUCCCAACAUGGCACUGUUCCAGGGCUUGUGUGUGGAGGUGACUCUACCAUGGACUUUUUGUUGGUCCAGGUACCUCUCUAUACUGCAACCCUGAGCAGGACAGUGCUGGGACUCUUCCUGGCCAUGGAAGAAGCCAUGUGCCACAGUGUGUUCCCUGUUGCAAGGUCCUCAAACUGCAGACACUCUGGGUCCAUGUGGACUCUGCCAUUAUCCACCCCCUUGGACCUUGCUGUAUCUUAGGGCUAUAGCACUGAAAGCCUGGGCUAUACCUGGAAGGGCCAGAGGGACUAGUGAGCAGUCACCACCAGUGAUCAGGUCAUCAGGUGGCCACAGAUUACUGUCUGAAAACAUAACUCAGUAUAUGCUAAGCGUUGCUAUAUACCUACCUUCUUUCCAUGGUCUGCCCUUACUUUGUCCUUGAGUACAGCCUCUCGGGACAUCAUAAUCCUCAUAACGUGUCUGACAUUUGUGAGAGUAUUGGCAUAUGUUGAUGCCUGAAGACUGUCAGUCCAGCCUCCUGUGACUUUCUGUCCAUACCAAGCAGAAGGAUGCUAGGCUGCCACCUGCUUGUCCCCAUACAGUUUGGGCUCUGCAUCAGGUUUCUCUGUCCCUGUAUAUGCAGGACAUUUUGUCUCGGGUCUUAGCUGAAAAGGCAGACCUUGAACUGUGCUGGCCCAAUAGAUAGGGAUUGUAGAUAUUCAUCACAUACCUGGGAACAUAUGGGACCAGGAGGGGCUGGUGUUCAGCUGGACAGCUGGGAAGAGGGAUAUUAGGUUAGAGUGAGUGGAAAAGCAAGUUCUGAUGUAGCUAAAGGUCUAGGACCCUGGAGGGUGAGAUUUGUAACCAGUUCUGGGCAUGCCUAAUUACAAGUCAGAUAUAGUAGGCACACACAUGGAACACAGACGGCAUAUUGCUGAAAUGACAACUGUGACAGUCAGUGACAUAUGAGUCAUAGACACUUGGAACUAUGGUAGCAGGGUCCCAGCCAGCCAUAAAUCUUUGGCUCUUAGACCCUCUGGCUAGCCUCCUUUAUCAAAGCCUGACAUUGAAAACUCAUCAUAGCCCCAACUACAUGAGCCCAGAGAAGCCUUGCAGGUCCUUCUUUGUGUGGUCCCAUCGUCGGGUGUAGUGCAGACUAGGGUGCUCUCCCAGAAUCUUGCCAGUCACCCUGCCUUCUAUUCAAUCCCAGAAUGGUUUGCGGUUAGCUAAGCAGAGUUCCAAUCCAAAGGUCCUGGCCUUGGAGGUCAGGCCCUACAGUGGCCAUCCUAUAACACUAGGUUGAAUGUGGAAAUGGACCUUGAAUCUUUGUCAUACUGCCUCUGUAAUUUGUGAGCAGCUGCAUCAGCAGUAUCCAAGCUGGGGACACCAUGAACCAUGAAGCACAAUUGGCCUCAGCCAGUGCUCACUGGGAAGGAGCAUUCAGUGUCCCUCUGAAUCCAACAUGUAUGUGAGGAGCCUUGUCAGAAUGACAGUCAUCUCCCUGAAGGGUUUACAAGCCAGCCCCAAGGUCUCUCUGGAGAUCUUUGGCAUCCCUGUAUUGUAUCUGAGGCUCCUCAAGGCCUAGAAAGGGAGGUGAGAUCCACAGUGCCUGUUUUUUGGUGACUGGAUAUUACAGAAGAUCCCAGAGCUGAGUGGUGAAGAAGCUGCUGCUGUAAGCAGUCUCCAGAGCGAGUACUCCCUGGAAGAAGUGCACUGUAAGAAUUAGUGAAUACGUCUCAGAGGACAGAGCAGCCCAUGGGAGAAAUUCCAGAACUCAGCCCUCAGAAGCUGGGUUGGGUGAUACAGCCUGGCCUGUGGAUCUCAAUACCUUGUCUAGAGAAACAAAUGAAGGAAGAGAAAGUUCCUUCCCUUUAUCUGGUGGGAUAGAAACAAAAGCAGAAGAUCUUGGACCAUUGUCCUACAGUAACUGUUCUGGGGAGACACAGAGCCAGUAAGAAAAAAAAGAAAAAAGAAAAAAAAAAAAAGGUUCCGUGGCUGAGUAGCAGACGACCACAAGGGUUCAGCUUACCUCGUCAAACUAAAUGUGACAUGAAAUGUGGGCCCUUGCUUCAUUAAGAGAGAGAGAGAGAGAGAGAGAGAGAGAGAGAGAGAGAGAGAGAGAGAGAGACAGAAAGAAAGAAAGAAAGAAAGAAAGAAAGAAAGAAAGAAAGAAAGAAAGAAAGAAAGAAAGAAAGAAAGGCACUAGAUACUCAGUAACAAGAGCAGAGUGUUUUAUUCUAUGGCUCUGAAAAGCCCAGCAUCAGCACAGGAUGCCAGGCACACUGAAUGAGCCCAGAACACUUUUAUAAUGCCAAUGCUGAUCUCUUCGUCCCCUCCCCCACUGGCUCAGUAAGCAGGAGGGUUUGAUCUUAGGCAUCAUCUAGGUCUUUCUGUCUGCUGCUUGAGUUGAUACAUCUCUCUCUUAUUUUUAGAAUUUACUGAAUGUACAUGAGUGUCUGUCUGUAAGUUUGUCUACCGCCAUGUGUGUGCUGUGUCCGUGAAGGCCAGAAGAGGGCCUUGAUUUUCAGAUGGUUGUGAGCUGCCAUGUGGGUGCUGGGAACCAAACCCAGGUCUCCCGGAAGAGCAGCCAUUGCUCUUAACCACUCAGCCAUCUCUGCAAUCUAUGUUUGCAUAGGUUUUAUUUUUCCUUCCAGAGUUUCAUACAGUGUGUUCUGAUUAUAUUUAUGUUUGAAAACGUACAUAGAUUCAUCUCUGUAUUCUACAUGGUUGGUUAGAUUUUUGUUUGUUCGAUUCAGGAUUUCCCCAUAGCCCCGUCUGUCCUGAAACUCAUGCUGUAGACCAGGCUCGUCUUGAACGUAGAGAUCCACCUGCUUCUGCCUUGGCUCAUCUUUAUAUUUUAAAUCUUACUUUCGUUUGUUUUGUUUUUAAAUUGUUAUACCAAAGAAUUUAUUUUAUUCUAAAUUAUUAGCACAUAAAGUAACAAGUUUCACUAGAGCGUUUAUCAUGCCUAUGAACCAUUAUACUUCAUUCUUAUACAUUCCUUUUCCCACUUUUCCUUCCUUAGCUCCUAAGCUCCCUCAUUAUAACCUUCUUUCUCCAUAAUCAUCCGCCUCUGUUUUCUAAUAACUUGUCCCAUUAUCCUUCCUCCCCUCACACCCACAUCCCUCCUGACGAUUUCUUCCUCUCAUCUUAUGGUUUCCAUGUCUCCUAGCUAGAUGUUUUCAUAUCAGAGAGUAGUUUCCACAUAUGAGAGGAAACAUGUAAUUUUGUUGUUUUAAGAUUUUUUUUAAUUGUGUGUGUUUGUAUGUGGAUAUGUGUGUGGGGGCGCAGAUGCCCAAGGAAGCCAGAGGCAUCAGAUCCCCUGGAACUAGAGGUGCACAUGGUUGUGAGCUCCCUGGUGUGGAUGCUCAGAGACUAACUGUUCAUGUGCAGUAUAUGCUUUUAACCACUGGGCUGUCUCAUCAGCUGCAGUAUGUGUCCCCCCGAGUCUUGUUUCAGUUAGCAGAGUGAUCUCCAGUUGCCUCCAUUUUCCUGCAAAUGCCACAAUUUUAUUUUUCUUUGUGGAUGAAUAAAGUUGUGUGAAGAAUGUGUGUGUGUGUGUGUGUGUGUGUGUGUGUGUGUGUGUGUGUGUGUGAGUGUGUGUGAGUGUGAGUGUGUGUGUGUGUGUGUGUGUGUGUGUGUGCCAUUUCCUGAUAGUCCUGGCUCCAUUUCCUGAUCAUUAUGACUAGUGCUGCCUUAACUGUGGCCAGGAGGAAAGCACCUCUGAGGUGUGUUGACUUGGAGUCCGAGGGAAAAUACCCAAGAGUAGUAGUUCCAGUCUUGUCUUCUGCAGUGGCUGCCCGAGUUUUCGCCCCCACCUGUAGUGUUGAAGUGUUCCUCUCCAGCAUCCUCUCCAGCGUCCUCUCCAGCACUUGUGGUUCUUUGUCUCCUUCAGAAUAGCUGUUCAACUGGGGUGAGACAGGAUCUCAUACCAGCAUUCAUUUGCAUUUCCCUGGUGGCUAAAUUGGCCACUUCAUCUCUCCCUUUGAAGGCUGCAUGUCUUGCUUAGGGUUACUAUUUCAGUAAUGACACACCAUAGCCAAAGCAGGUUGUGGUGGGGGAGGGUUUGUUUGGCUUACACUGCCAUUCAGUGUUCAUCAUCGAAGGAAAUCAGGAAAGGGACUCAAACAGGGUAGGUACCUGGAGGCAGGAGCUGAUGCAGAGGCCAUGGAGAGAUGCUGCUAACUGGCCUGCUUUCUUGUAGACCCAGAACCACCAGCCCAGUGAAUGCACCACCCACAAUGGACUGGGCCCUCCUCCAUCAAUCACUAAUUAAGAAAAUGCCCUACAGGCUUGCCUAUAGCUAGAUUUUAUGGAGGCACUUUCUUAAAUGAGGUUCCCUCCUCUCUGAUGACUUUAGCUUGUGUCAAGUUAACAUAAAACUAUCCAGCACACUCAAACUGCCUUCUCGUCUCAUUAGCCCAUUUGUUAGUUGUUUGUUUGUUUGUUUGUUUUUCAGUUUUCAUGUUAAUCUGUCUGAUACAUGGUUGGUAAAACUUUCUUUCCAUUGUACAGUCUGCCUCUUUGCCCUACUGCUCAUUUACAUUGCUGUGCAGGUUUUUUAAUCCAGCUUUUCACCUCACUGCAGAAUUCCAGUCUCUUUCAGAAAAAUACUGUGCCCACAUCAUCAAGGGUUUUUCUGUGUUUUCCUCCAGCAAUUUGGAAGUUUCAGGUCAGCUGAGGUCUCUGAUCCAUUCUUCUUUGAUUUUGUUCAGGGUGAGAGAUAGGGAUCUAUUUUCCUUGUUCCAACCUUUCAUGGAGUAGAGACAAAGUAGAUAAUCCCAAGUCAACCUAACAAAAAGUCGUUUCUUUAAAAAGUUAAAUAGGAUUGGCAAAGGACUUUCCACACUGAAAUGGACCCAAAUUAGUAAAAGUAGAGACCGGUGAAAUUCAGAGGACCAUGAUGGGACACUUUGAAAUUAUAUUCCAAUAAACCUGUAAAGUCUGGAAAAAAUGGAUAAAUGUCUUCAAAGAUGACCUAACAAAGCUAAGUCAAGAAGAUAUAAGCAACUUAUAGGGUGCUAUCACAAACAAUGAUAUCAAAGCAACAAUAAAUCUCCAUAUAUAUCAAGACCCGGAACAGGGAGACUUGGCCAAAUUUUACAAA